CUAUGUGUCAUUGGUUGGUUAUCUAGCUCCUCCUUUUGUUUCGCUAUCACAGCGGUACCUUCCUCUUUAGUCCUCUCCUCUACGCUGAUUGGCUGUCGGUUAAGACGCUGACGCUGGCGAUUGGUUGUUGGUGCUGUCCGUCAAGUGCGGCGUCAGGUGGCUGUGCUGCCCGCGUCUCGCAGCCUCUGCUUGGCUUGGUAGUCUGUGACUGGCUCGGGGGGGACCCGGUGGAUUGCUCGCCUCGACCUCCAGUGUGUGUGUCCCGUGCUGGCCGUGGAGCUGUCCCGGGAGGAGCGGAGCCUCCAGGAUACCCCUCUCUCUCAUGGUCUGGCUGCUCCCCCCCUCUGUCUGUUAAUAUUCAUCCUCUCCCCAGCUCACCCCCCUUUACUGCUUGUUGUCAGUUUGGGCACCGGGCGCCUGGCCUGGGCAGCUGUCAAAACCUCCUCCAGCCCCCUCCCCUUCCUCCUCCUCUAACCAUUCACACAGACUCUACUAGCUGACAUCAGAAAAUCACUCCCAAAACAUUGACAUCAGAACCCCCAAAAUAUUACUGAAUCACUCCCAAAACAUUGACAUCAGAACCCCCAAAAUAUUACUGAAUCACCCCCAAAACAUUGACAUCAGAACCCCCAAAACAUUACUGAAUCACCCCCAAAACAUUGACAUCAGACCCCCCAAAAUAUUACUGAAUCACCCCCAAAACAUUGACAUCAGAACCCCCAAAAUAUUACUGAAUCACUCCCAAAACAUUGACAUCAGAACCCCCAAAAUAUUACUGAAUCACUCCCAAAACAUUGACAUCAGAACCCCCAAAAUAUUACUGAAUCACCCCCAAAACAUUGACAUCAGAACCCCCAAAACAUUACUGAAUCACCCCCAAAACAUUGACAUCAGACCCCCCAAAAUAUUACUGAAUCACCCCCAAAACAUUGACAUCAGAACCCCCAAAAUAUUACUGAAUCACCCCCAAAACAUUGACAUCACAACCCCCAAAUAUUACUGAAUCACCCCCAAAACACUGACACCAGAACCCCCAUAUAUUACUGAAACUCCCCCAACGCACUGACAUCAGCUCCUCCAAAUAUAAUUAAAAUACCCAUAUAUUCCCAAAACCUUGACAUCAGCUUCUCCAAAUAUUCUAAAACAUUGACACCAGAACCCUCAAAUAUUACUAAAACACCCCUAACACUUUGACAACAGCUCCUCCAAAUAGCACCAAAACACUCCCAAUAUAUUGACAUUAGCAACCCAAAGCAUUGACCCUGCCACCCAAAGCACUGACUCAGCCAUAGAAAAUUAUUGACAUCAGAUACUCCCAAAGCACUGCCAUCAGUAACUUUAAACCUUACUAUUAGCCCCCUAAACAUUGGCAUCCGUAACUUCAAACCUUGCCAUAAGCCCCCCUAACACUGGCAUUUGUUUCUUCAAACACAGCCACUAGCCCCCCAUCUUUGCCAUUAGUAACCGAAAAUACUGCUACCAGCCCUAUGCUGCAUCAACACCUGCCCUGUGCCACUUAGUGACCGUGUGUUUAGUAGGGGGUUGAGCAGCCUCUGACCCUGGGUUUCAGGGACUCUCUCUGCCAGGUUAGAGGAGAAUGUGGAAUGGAAGGACCAGGCUGCCCCUUACUUUGUAGAUCUUGUAGCCUGUGGUUUCUUUUAAAAGAAGGUUGGAGGGAGAAGUCUGUGUAUUCUUGAGACAAAUGUAAAAACCAACAGCAUGGGGUUUUAGUAUUUAUUAUAAAACAGAGGUCCCUGGGGGGUGGGUGGGUUGGGUUGAUUUUAAUUGUGAAAAGAAUUGUAUAGUUAGAAAGAAAUAGUUAAUUUAUUGGCACUAACAUUCUGGUCUAUUGACGAGGACAGGGGAUUAGAUUUAUUAUGAGAACUCCUUCCAAGCAGGCUUAGUUCUUCUGGAUAUUACAUUUUAAUGGCCCAGUAACAGGUUGGCACAUCUGUCUCAUACAUUAGAGGGCAUUUCUGUGAAUGUCUCUUUGUGGCACGUCUGCCAAUGCAAAAAUGAUGGCAGCGUAUAAUGGGGGUACAUCAGCAGCGGCUGGGGGUCACCAUCAUCACCACCACCACCAUCACCUGGCCCACUUGCCCCCUCCUCACAUGCACCAUCACCACCAUCUCCAUCCCCAGCAUCAUUUACACCCAGGCUCAGCUGCUGCUGUGCAUCCUGUCCAGCAGCAUGUGUCCUCUGCCUCCUCUUCCUCCUCAGCUGCUGCAGCUGCGGCUGCUGCAGCAGCAGCAGCCACUAUGCUAAAUCCAGGCCAGGCUCAACCAUACUUCCCAUCUCCAGCUCCUGGACAGGCCCCAGGACCAGCUGCAGCAGUUGCCCCUGCUCAAGUGCAGGCAGCUGCAGUAAAGGCUCACCACCAUCCACACUCUCAUCAUGCUCAGCAACUGGAUAUUGAACCUGAUCGACCUAUUGGCUAUGGUGCCUUCGGGGUUGUCUGGUGAGUGUUUGUGGCAAACCUCCAGAUAUAUUUUGCAACCGUUACACUUCACUGUCAUAAGGAAAUGACACACAUCUAGAUAUUGUAUUUUUCUUUUAUUGGUUUGGAUCUAUAGUCUGAACUUUGUCCCGCUGUCUUUUUGCCGUCUGUUGCGUAUUUGUUAUGGAUUUAAUAUUGCGAGCAUUAUGAUGAAGAUUCAAUCCUUUUCAGUCAGUUGUCUUGACCUUUUUGUGAGAGUUUCUGGUUUAUUUUGAAAUGUUUUUAGCAAAUUCAUUCUUUGUUAAGAAUUGUAAAUGUAUCUUCUGAAAUACACCUUCCCCAACCCUUUCUUCUCAAAUCUGAGUCUUGGAUUUUUGAUAAAGUACCUUCAAAGAAAUUUAAGGGUUUUGGAUAUACCUCUUAGCUGUUUGGAACAGUUGUGGGAACUCCUUGUAGUUAAACCUUGUGGAAGGUAAGUGUAUCCUGUGUAAGUCAUAGAGUGCAGAGUUGAAAGGUAGUGUAGUUAAUGAUGCUCUUAAAGCAUUAUGUCCAAUUUCAACAGUCGGUUAAGGUGAGCUGAAGUUAAACUGGUUAGAAGCAAACUCUUUUUGGGGUAUUUCUUCAAAAGUAAUCUGUCCCUACUUCUAAUAAGGCAAAUAUCCCCAGUGUAAUGUGGUUUAAGUAUGUCUCUUCUUAUACACGUACCUGCCAUAGUUUCCUUUUUGCUGUUGUCGUGUCUGGACAUGAGUUCACUCUGAGUUCUUUUUGUAAAUAGGUAGAUUUAAGAUUUAUUUAACAUACAUCAAUGUUGGAGGAAAGGGACUGUACUGAUGGGUAGUGAUAUAUAUAGAAUUUAAAAUUAUGGCAAUAUACAUGGGGUAUCGAUCUUCUCCAUAUCUAAUCUACAUAUAUGGUUAAGUAUUUGAAGUUUCUAUUUAACAAUAUCUAUUCCUAGCCAGAAAAGGUAAAAAGCAGAAGAAAUCUUAAAACAGCAAUUCUUUGGUCUGGACAUAUGGCCACAGCAACACGCUAAUGGUACCCCAUCCUUAAUAUUCCACUUUCCACCAAAUCUCCAUGACAUCUGUCAGGAAUCCAGAAACGGUUCUUGAGGACAGAUCAAAUAUAGUUAUUAAAUUCAGGCAAGCACAGAAAAUGGUAUCCGCACAGAUUAUAUACCAGAAUGACAUUAAAGAAAGAGCAAUUUUGCCUUCACACAGUCUGUCCCAGAAUUCUUUGCAAUUGUGGCAGAAAGCGAAUGAUUCCCGUUAGGAUUACACAACUUUUGUAUAGCAUUAGUUGCUAACAAAGUAAGUGUCAGCAGUGUAGUCUCUGAUGUACGUCUUGUCUUUCCACACCGUAUGGAGGUGGGAGGAGUGUGUGUGCUGCUGUUGUUGUUGUUGUUGUUGUUGUUGUUGUUGUUUCUUUGGUGAUGCAAACUAUACCAAGCAUUGUAAAUAUACUUAAAUAAAAACUAUUCUGGGUCUAACUGGGAUGAGAGCAAGUGCCUGUGACAUGAGCUGUGAUAAUUACCACUACAAUAUUGAAUGUGGAAAUCCAGAGGAAGCGAAAGCUUUCAUCCACCGCUGCGUGUAGCUUUUUAUAAGAGAGCGAGCCAAAGCAGAUGCUCUUUGUACUCUUGAGAAAACAGAUGCAAGCUAGUAUCUCGUGCCACAGGAAAAAAAAUAUAUAUUUUACAAGACAAAUAGAGUAGUGAGGAUUCUACCUGAAAAAUUGUUGCUCUGUUAGAGCACAAACCUCCCAGCAUCCCCUUGUGACUAAUAUUUGUCUCCUUCACUCCUCCACAGCCAAAAUGCCCUUAUCUAUAAAAAAUCUUUAUAAGUUACAAGCACUGCAGCAUUGUCUCUCCAACAAACACAUAAAGAGAUUUUCAUGUUUGUUUUUAAUCUUUGAAAUAGGGAUGCCAUUUUUUGUAUAGAGAUUAAAUAGUUGUUCGACUCGAAUUUUAACUGGAAAUUUGUUACGAUCAAAAUAUCACUAUUUAGUCUACAUCAAGUGGUUUAUUAAUGCUAAUGCAUUUUAGAUAUGUAAAAAAAAAAAAAAGCUAUAAUUUGGUAAUACCAAUGGUUUAUGGUAUCCCUACAUAAAGUGCAAACUUUCAUUUGCUGAACUCGUACCCAUGAUAUAUGAAUGUAAUCUUCUGAUUUCUGCCCAGAAGCCUCUUUCACCUUCGUUAUGGCUGAUGUAUAAAGCCUGAUAAUGUUUCCACCUGGUCAGCAAAUUUUUAAUCCUGUAUGUUAGCAAAAUUGUAGGCUGUAGGGAAGAGGCUGAUCUUGAAUUUCUCACAUUGCAGAUAUUUGUGUGAAUCUGGACUGAAGGUGGCUGUUCUCCUUUUCGGAAGCCAGUUUUUUUUUUUUUUGGUAAAUGUCUUGUACUAAAUGUUUGAUUGCAUUUAAUGUUGGGAGUAAUCAAGGAUACGACUGAUGGAGUGUAGUUUGCAGAGCCUGUUUUUUACAGUAUUUGUAUGUGUAUACAGGAGGCUGCAUGAGCAAGUGGUUUAUUCGAUGCUGUCUGACUUUCAUUCAGUGGAAUUGUUGGAGUGCAUUUUGUCGCGUUUUUGACCAAUGCUUCAAUCCAGCUAAUAACCAGAUUGAAAGCAGCUUUCCUUUAUUUUGCAUGGGCAUUGUGAUGGCACGUCUUUCACUGGGUCAGCUGAUCCCUAGGGCUUUCCACCAGAGUUGUGGAUGUGCCACCCUAGAGAGGGAUUAUUGCCGAGACCAGGUUCACGCCAGCAGCUGGUGAUACUGGGCAAUCAUUGGCCCUUCUGCCUAUGCCUCUUUCCAGGAUGUGCAGAAUAAAUUACAGUUCAGGCACUCCGGGAUAAAAAAAAGCAGUUUUUUUGGGGGGCAAAAAAACAGCAAUGUUUCAAUAUUACCAGGUCUUUUAUAAAGCUUGGAAGGGAGGCCUGGCCAGCUCUGGCUUCAGAGCACCUGGGUUACUUGGUGAGUGCGAUAUCCAGUAGGUCUUUACAAUGCCUCUUUCCAGGCAGAUAUGGACACUCUCUCUAUAUAUGCUGUUUUCCAGGUAAUGGAUGGACCCAGCUGCCUGCUUCAUUCUUCCAGGCAUGCAUUCCAUCUACCAAGCUGCCUCCAGGUGCACAUAGGGAAAACAUUGGAUUGUCUGAGAUCGUCUAGGAGGCAUGUGGGGGCAGGGCCAAACGCCAGCCUGGCUAAUCAGCAUCUCAUCAUAGAGGUGCAGUGCAUUAAUGCAUCUCAAUGAGGAAAGUUCAACCAGAUGCUGCACACACUGCCCCAGGAAGCACCUCCAGUAGCCAUCUGAGGAGUGACUGUUGGAGUUGUCCCUAGGCUUUAAAGUAAACGCUGCCUUUCUCUCAAAGACUGUUUGUGUGAAAAUGCGUGCUGGGACUGACUAUACUCACCAGAACAACUACAAUGAGUUGUUCUGGUGACUAUAGUGUCCCUUUAACUACUAAAAAAAAAUUUUUUUCAUUUGUUGGACAAAUACUAAAAAAAAUUUUUUAAUUGUUUUUUAAAAAUUUUAUUUUUAGAAAAUAUUUGCCCCUUCCUGUGCCAUGCAUAAUUUUCUAUAAGUAAAUAUCUAAAUAAAAUCAUUUAACACUAGCUUGGUGUCCCACACUGGAUUACUGUAAUAUCGGGCACAUGAACCCAUGCUUUAAACCACUGAAUAUUGUAAAGCAUUGCAGAAUAAGUUGGUGCUAUAUGCAUGCCAAUAAUACGACACUAAUUAGCAGCUGUGGGGGUUGAUAAAUUCAUUGACAUUUUUUUUCUUGUGCUUGGAGAUAACUGUCUCUGAAAACACUGUAGCUAAACAGGUCAGCUUUAUGUUAACAGCUAAUGCAGGCUAAGAUAAUAUUGCACUUAUCAAGUACCUCCAAUUCAGAAAUUAGGUCAACCCUACCCAAGGAAGUGUAAUACGUUUUUAGAAAAGUGCAGAACACCAUGGUAUUGGCAGUUUGCAUUUUGUUACCAUUUUAAAGCUGCAUGAAAUUGUAAUUUAACUUUUAGUUGCUUAAAGGAACAAUAUAGUAUUAGGAAUACAAACAUGCCGAAAUACAUCCUUAGGUCACUGGCCUCCUUCUCUGGAGAUUGAAGGUCUUGCUGUGGCUGUCCUCUCCUCCGUGGCUGAGAGGAUCAGUUUUGAUGAUCUCAGCCAAUACAAUGCAUUCACGCAUUGAAUCAGUGCAUCUCUAUGGGAACGUUUAUGCAGAGUGUGGAGAAUUGCCGUCUGAUUGCACCUAGAGGUGUUACAAGGCGGCAGUGUAAACUCUGCCUUUUCACAGAAUUUACAUUGAAAAGCCUGCAGGGACAUGCUAGAGACACCAGAAGCACUACAUUAUACUGUAGUGGUUCUGGUGACAAUAGUGUCCAUUGUAAUUCAUUUUUUUUUUUUUUUCUGAACUUUUAUUAAUGACACUAUUUAAAACGUAACCCAUGCUCUGAAACACUUGCUUGAUAAAAUCACUGUAGAAAGCUGUGUUUUGCAUGGUCUGUUCCAGCUUUUGGCAGUGACCUACAAAGGAAGCUCCCAGCUAUGCGGCUUAUUGGCUACAAAGAGCUGAUACCAAGGGAGCAGGAUAUAGAACUAUUCCUCCCACCUUCCCCAAGGAAAAUGGAGCAGCCAUCUUUUUAGUGUAAUGUAAAUAAAACUGGUCUCAUUACAAAGCAUUCUUGCUGCCACAGCAUCUUUCUUAUUUUCCUCCAGGAGCGGAGGCUUAGGCAGAUGCUCAUCCUAUUUAUCGUGAGGCAAGUUUAAGAGCAUAGCAAGAGGGACCCUGUCAAGUUCUUUGUAAAGUUAAAUGUGGCCCCAGCACAACUUUUAUACAUUUUUAUAACUUUUGGUACAAGUGGUUAUGGGUGUACAUAUAAUCUGCAUUUUAAUUAUGCAAUUUGAAUUGGUGUUCAUUGACUCUAUGCUCUGCAUGGAGGUGCUGCACUUUCCCUAUAGGGAUGCAUUAAUUUAAAGGGACCCUAUAGUCACCAGAACAACUAAAGCUUAUUGUAUUCUGGUGAGUAUAAUUAUUCCCUUCAGGCUUUUUGGCUCACGGGAAAGCCAUCACUGAUGUAUGUGGAGGGGAGUGUGGGCUUCACUUGCAGGCAUGCCUUUAGGUAUGCUUGAAGUGUUAAGAAUCAGAUUACCUCUAUUGCCAGUGAGCUGAGAACAGACAUUAAAAUAUGCACAGAAUUGACAUUCGGAAGACCGGAGUUACAGGGGGUAAAACCAGCCCCAUGGCACAUAGUUAGGAUAUCUCUGAUUGUGCAGUGUUUCAAGAAUUACUAAAAUAUCCCUGUCCCUGGCAACACCAUCUUUUUUGCUUCCACUUUAGUCCCCUCCUCUCUCUAUUCAUCCCAUGCACUCUACAUAUACCUUCCCAGCCUAUCUCCUCUAACUCCUCCCAAAUCAUCUAUAUACCUACCCUCCUACAAAACAUUCAAAUCCUAGUCCCACCUUCACUUCCUUUCUUUCCUUCUGCUCCUAGCUGGUGAUGUCUCUCCAAACCCACCACGUACUAACUCAAGGAACCACACCAAUCUCAUACCCAUCUCAUGUUACUCUUCCUCUAACUCCUCCUUCAAUACUGCCCUCUGGAAUGCACGCUCUGUUUGCAAUAUUACAAAAUCACCUGCUGUCCACGACCUCUUCAUCUCUUGCUCCCUAGAUAUACUAGCCUUAACAGAAACUUGGCUCUCCCCUCUCUGACACUGCUACCCCUGCAUCUUUAUCCUUUGGUGGUCUUCAACUUACCCACAACCCAAGACACCUCUAUAUGUAAAGGUGGUAGUGUAGGGUUUCUCCUCUCACUUCACUGCUCCUUCAUACCUCUACCCAGUCUCCCUUCCCUCUCUUUCCCAUCAUUUGAUAUUCAUUCGAUUCACAACUGCUAUCCAUCCCUUCCCUCUCCUGUCCCUCAUUGAUCAUCUCCAUAUAACACUGCCUUGAAAGCUGCAUCCCCGCUCCAAACAUGCACCUCGAGGAGGACAUGCCACCAACCGUUGCAUACUAAAUCAACACGCUACUUGCAAACAUGCUGCCGUUGUGCUGAAUGCUCCUGGAGGAAGUCUCUUACCCAGGCUGGCUAUCUCCAUUAUAGAUUCAUAUUGUGUUCAUACAGCGCAGCCCUUGCCCUCGCCAAACAGUCAUACUUUUCCUCCCUCAUUAGCUUGAACAGCUAAGGAAGUAAUUCUCACCACCUUACCCCUCUCUUUCUCAACCACACCUAGGUCAUGCCUUUCCUACCAUUCAGACUUUCUCUGAGGCUACUGAACAAGAGGUGGCUGCGCUUCUCCUUUCCUCUCGACCCAUAACUUGCCCGCUUGAUCCUGUCCCAUCUCACCUUAUCAGGUCUCUCUCCUCUUUUCUUGUGCCUCCUUUAACACAAAUCUUCAGCUGCUCUCACUCUUCUGGAGUUGUCCCUGCUCACCUUAAACAUGCCACUGUAGUACCUAUCCUGAAAAAAAAAAAUCCCUUGACCCGUUCUCCCCCUCUAUCGUCCCACAUCCCUGCUCCCUUUUUCCUCAAAGCUUGUGGAAAGACUUGUCUUUACCCGUAUGUCUCACUUCCUAAAUUCCAACUCUCUCUUUGACCCUCUUCAAUCUGGCUUCUGCCCUCAUCACUCUACUGAGACUGCUCUUAUCAAAGUUACUAACGACCUAAUCACAGCUAAAUCCAAAGGCCACAACUCUAUACUAAUUCUUCUUGACCGCUCUGCUUCUUCAAACUCUUCAAUCACUUAGUCUCUGUGACUCUUGGUUUGUCUCUUUCAACACCCAUUCAGUAUCUCCUUUUCUAAUGAUACCUCCUCCCCUUGUCCUUUCUCUGUUGGGAGACCCUCAAGGCUCUGUCCUUGGUCCCCUUCAAUUUUCUCUUUACUGCCUCUCAUGGCAAACUUAUUUUACCUCAUUAUGAUUCCACUACCACCUGUAUGCUGAUGACAUCCAGAUAUAUCUCCCCUUCCUGGACCUCUCCCCUGCUGUCCUGCAACGUGUCACUGCUUGCCUUUCUUCCAUCUCUGACUGGAUGUCCUCCCGCUUUCUGAAACUCAAUUUCUCUAAAACUGAACUGAUUGUCUGUCUUUCCUCCUCUUUCGCUCUCCCUUAAAGUUAGUGGGAUCCACAUAAGUCCAUCCCUGCAAGCGUGCUGUCUUGGCGUCAUACUUGAUUCUAGCCUCACAUCCCAUAUGUUGCCAAAUCCUGUAGAUUCUAUCUUAAAAACAUAGCCUGCAUCUGACCCUUUCUUAAGCAAGAUGCUACCAAAGAGCGUGUCCAUGCUCUAGUAAUUUCCCGCAUGGAUUAUUGUAACUCUCUCCUAAUGGAUCUUCCCAAAGCCGUAUUGCCCAGCUUCAGUCUGUAAUGAAUGCUGCCGCCAGACUGAUUUUCCUAUCUAGUCAGUCCUCUCACACCUCACCCCUCUCAGUCCUUACAUUGGCUUCCUGUAUCCUAUAGAAGUCAAUUCAAAAUGCUAACCCAUUCCUAUAACACACUGACCAAUUCUAGCCCCUCUUAUAACUCUUCACAGAUCCAUAGGUAUGCCCCUUCUCGGUCUCUCCACUCUGCCCCAACCUUCUCCUGUCUGCUGCUCACACCCGUACGGCCAACUCACGCUUGCAAGACUUCUCGUGGGCGUCUCCUUUCCUAUGGAAUACCCUACCACCAUCAGACUCUCCCCUAGUCUUCAACUGUUUCAGAAGUGCCUUAAAACCCAUCUCUUUAGGAAAGCUUAUGGUCUCCCAGAGUAACCUCUACCUCACAUACCUGUCUCCUGCUCUUUCCUCCAGCACUGCUUCACACCCACCUUAUUUGAUUGCUAUUUUCUGUCCUAAUGUGUUUUAUACUCCACCUCCAAUAGACUGUAAGCUUGUUUGAGCAGGGUCCUCUUCAGCCUAUUGUUCAUGCAAGUCUUUUUUUUUUCUUGUAAUUGUCCUAUUCAUAAUUAACCCCCCCCCCCUCAUAAUAUUGUAAAGUGCUAUGGAAUCUGGUGCUAUAUAAAUGGCAAUAAUAAUAAAUGUAAUAAACAGAAAAACUGCACAGACACAUUCCUACCGCCAUGACCAUUUCAAGAAGCAGAAGUAAUCAUAGUGAUUGGAGUAACCUUUUUAAUGCAUUAUAAAAAGAAUGGAUCGGUUCCACUCUGGAGCAUGCAGCAGGUUGUUAGCCAUAUGGGAUUACCAUGGUCUCUUUUGUGAUUUCCUUUGCCUUUUACUUAUUUUACAGGAACUGUAAGGAGUCUGCUCUUAUGUGCGCUUUUCCUUAAUCCGUUAUCUGUGUACUAUAUUUAUUGACACAAAGAGGGAAAUCUGUAAAUAUGUUCUGAAAAGGGUCUUAUUAUUGCUGAUCUAUUUAAAGUUCUUGAAAUGGUCUAAAAAGUGUCAGCUUUCUCCUAAUUUUUUUUUUCUCGAAUAUAUAUUUUUUGCGAAAAAAUCACAAACUUAGGGUGGCAGGAAUAAUGAGAAGAAGCUCUUAUCUGGCAUGAAACGUGAUGGAAUAAAAAAGAAAUGGCAUGGUUGCAAAAAAAAUGGAAGGGAUUGGAGAAAAAAGGUUGUACCAAUAAUACGGAUAAUUUUUUUCAAAAUCUGUCUUAAUAGAUCUCCUCCAAUGUGUCUCUUCCCCUCUAUCAUAUAAACAUUAAAAAAACAAAAAACAAAAAAAACCGAAUUUCAUUCAUCUUGAAAACCUGCUUUGGUUGAGGAAUCUGAAUAUAUUUUGAAAGCGAAUUUACGUUGAUGGUGACCAGCUCAAUGCUGUCUUCAUAUAUUGUGCUACAAUGAUUAUAAUCUUACACAUACCGUUUUUAUAGAGGUCUGCGUGUAUAGAUAGAUAGAACACGUAGAAUGACUGCAUUCUGUGAUCUGACCUUUACAUUUGUACUUGUAAAAUCUAAGUCAUUCUCCUACUUGUUAUGUUGUGUAGCUGAACUCUGGAAUUUGUAUAGAUCUAUAAAUCUAUCUAAAUAAAACUGGUCGGUCCCAAAAUGAGUGCUCCUACUAUACAGAAUCUGUAUAAAAUAUGGUAAAAUGGCAUGAAAAUAGCUUUAAUAUACUUUAAUUACUGUAAUCUGACUUUUAUUUUAAAGCUCAUAAUCAUCAGUUCUAUGACACUAAUUUAUUCGAAUAAAAUAAGUCAAUACAAGGAAAUUUUUUUUUUUUUUCUUUAAUAGUAUAUCAGUGUAGACGAGGGGCUUGAUAAUCUUAUGUCUGGAAGGUUCAUUUGGGGACAAGAGGCAAAGCCUCAGCAAUUCUGCCCAAUGCAGGAUUUUUGUAAUUUUAGGUGUUUUUUAUUUUUUUAUUAUUAUUAUUAUUAUUAUUAUUAUUAUUAUUAUUUAUUUACCCUAUGCUUUCUACAUUUUAAAAGGCCACAUGUUUGGACCAUGUCAGUUUACUCAGAAUGGAAGACUAGUGCUUUAAUCAGAUAAGGGUUAUCCGCAAGGUCACUGUUUAAGAGGCUUUGAAGUUCCCAGUUUAAACAGACUGCCCAUUUUCUGAAGGAUACAAUUUUACAAGUGGAGCUAAUGACUCAAUAUUUCCAUCAACAUUUAAACCCACGGAGUAAUACCGUGUUUCUCCGAAAAUAAGACCGGGUCUUAUAUUAAUUUUAGUCCCAAAAAACACACUAGGGCUUAUUUUCAGGGUAGGGCUUAUUUAUUUAUGGUACCGGUAUGUACAUUUAACCCCCCCCUUUAAUUAAUCCACCCCCCUUAAUUAAUCCCCCCUCUAAUUAAUCCAUCCCCCUCUAAUUAAUCCACCCCCCUUUAAUUAAUCCACCCCCCAAUAAAUCCAGCCCCCUCUAAUUAAUCCAUCCCCCUUUAAUUAAUCCACCCCCCUUUAAUUAAUCCACCCCCUCUAAUUAAUCCACCCCUCCUUUAAUUAAUCCACCCCUCCUUUAAUUAAUCCACCCCCUCUAAUUAAUCCACCCCCCUUUAAUUAAUCCAAUCCUUUAAUUAAUCCACCCCCUCUAAUUAAUCCACCCACCCUUUAAUAAAUCCACCCCCCUUUAAUAAAUCCACCCCCUCUAAUUAAUCCACCCCCCUUUAAUUAAUCCACCCCCCUUUAAUUAAUUAAUAAAAUCCACCCCCCUCUAAUUAAUCCAGCCCCCCUUUAAUUAAUUCACCGCCUCCUUUAAUUAAUUCAUCGCCCCCUUUAAUUAAUUCAGUCCCAGACAUAAAAUAUCUACUCACAUUUCAAAGAUGCCUUCCUUGCCCGCCGAGUCCGACCACUGGGUGCCUCACCGCCCGGAAAUGGAUCCUUCCGCUGAAGAUCCGUGAAGGCAGACUGACGACGCUGCGCACGUCGUCAUCACGUUGCGCGAUGCCGCGGCCUGCAACGCUCCUCCUCCUCCUCAUAGAAGAAGGAAGUCCCGCCGGGCCGAAAGGUACAAUGCCUAGGUCUUAUUUUCGGGGUAGGGCUUAUAUUGCAGCCCACCCCGAAAAUUCAGCUAGGUCUUAUUUUCGGGGUAGGGUGUAUUUUCGGGGAAACACGGUAAACACAACAGUCCAUCAAUAUUUAAUAAUGCCCAAAAAGUAAGUGUGUGUGUGUGUGUGUGUGUGUGUGUGUAUAUAUAUAUAUAUAUAUAUAUAUACACAAAUUAUAUUCUCCUUUGAAUAAAUCAGUCUAUUGACACGGAUCAGUUUUAUCACUGUAACUUUUGCAUUGUAGCAAUUUAAUCUAAAUGUCAAGAUUUUGGCAAAAAAAGCUGAUCUGUAAAAACUUCCCCCAAAAAAGUCACCGCUAAAUUUUACCAUUCACAUUGUUUAACAACUUUAAGAAUGCGCUAUUGAGGGAUAGACAGAUAAUCCGUUCCACAGAUAUCCAGCAUUUUAACAAUAAUCUGUGCCGGCCUUGUAAGUCACCGAUAACUUACUCUCCUCUCCCAGUCUCCACACACUGUCUUCUUCUUCCGGAAAUUCCAGCUGCCGAACAUGUACGUACUUGCAUAUUAUGUGUGGUGUCCAUGGCCUUACAUAAUAUCUGUUGGAAACUAAUGUAACUCCAUAUGCUAACUAUUCUUCUCCUAUAAAGGUCAUUGUGUAGCUCCUUACAAACUAGCCAUACAGCUGUCGUCAGAAUUUACAAGAAAGAGGUCCUGUGCCCCAGGACCUAUGUCUAUAGACUUGGACAUUAGGAUGAGGAUAAUGUUGAAAGGAGGUGAAGGUUUAAAGGAAAAUGCAAGCAGAAAUGGAUCGUUUUAUGAGGUCUUUCUGUAGAAAAUCCAUAAAUAUACACAUUCAUAUUUAUUUAAAAUUCGAUGUUGGUGGAAUACAAAAUUUCUUGCUGGAAACCUCUAAAUACAGCUUGCAUAUGCAUAUUAUAAAAUGUGAAUGGCAGAAUGGAGAUCUGUUGGAGUUCGUGGUUCCAUGAGAAUAGAGGAGGUGGAAAUGUACCAUCAAGGUACACUUCAAUCCCUGUGGUUCCUUUUUAAAAGAAAUUCAUUACAUCUACUUCCUUCAACAGGUGUAUGUAUACCUCUAAAAUCAUUGGGUACAUGGAUAUUUUUAUUUCAAGAUGUUAACUCUACAUUAAAGGGUUACUCCAAGUGAUUUAAAGUGACCAUGGUCCUUGAAACCUGUAUGUGCAGUGUUUUGCUGUGAAAUGCUUCACAUUCAAAGAUUAACCCCUCUGCCACUGGAGGUGUAACUCCACCCAGAAUGUCAUUAGCCAGCUUGGAACUAGAGCCCAGGGCUGGCUAAUGUUUAUUCAGUACAGCUUUCAUUGUACAGAAUGUAAUUCAUUCGCUGAGCAUUAACCACUGAUGCUCUCAGUCAAUGAAUGUUGACCACCAUGGCUUCUGGCUCUGCAGAAGUUGGAAGCUCAUCACUAGACCACCAGAUCGCAUCAGAGCCCAGUGGGGACCCAGGUAAGGUAGAAAUUAGUUAUAAAACAUUCCCAGGGUACUUCUGGCAUAAUAAUCACUAGAGUAGGCUGUGGUGGCUAUGAUGCUUGGAGUAACCCUUUAAUGUAUUUGUGAAAUAUCCUAAAAGAUGGAGACUUUGACUGUACAAAUAAAUGAAAUUGUAGAGCACCAUUCUUUACACCUUUUUAAGUAGACAUUCUUAUUGCAUUUUUAUUUUUUUUAAAUUUAUUUUAUAUUUUUUCAUAUAGUAAUCCUCCCUGGUGCCAAUUAAUUUGCAGUAACAAAUAAAAUACAAUAGAUUUGGUGCACGAGCCCUUUUGUGAUUUUAUUAAAAAAAAUUUUAUUUAUUUUUUUUCAUACCCUGGCACGCUUCCUUGCACAACUGCCCAUGCCAGUAUUCUUGUAACAUGCUGCAAUCCAGCACGUGCCACUGGGAAGAUCCUGUGAAUUAUUUGAGGGGGGCCUUUUGCACAGGAUUGUCCUAGACCUCUGUUAUGUAAUAAGGGGUCUUAUACAUGCAGCAGUUGGCUGAAUUUCUUGUAUUUAAUUUAAUGAGGCUCUGUCACCAAAAAUAAACUUUAUCUAAUCUACUUCUGUAUAACUCCGUGUCUGAAUCUUUUUUUAUUUUUUUGAGCACUCACAUUUUGAUAAAUGCAUAACCGUGUUAAUUUUUGUCCACUGACAUUUUUGAGAUUUUGUCGACUAAAACAAUUCAAAUGACUAAAAUACUACUAAAACUGCAUUUUAGUCAAGACUAUGACUAAAACUAAAUUGAAAUUUGCUGCCAAAAUUAACACUCAUAAAAGAAAAGUGGAGAAUACGUUUCCUUUUCAAUUUGAGACAACUUAACGGGUGGAGUUUAAAGCAUAGUUCCAUUUAAGUUGUCAAUCCAAUUUAUCCACAAUCAAUCAGUAAAAUGAAUCCCACAGCAGGACAAACGACAGAUAUCCUCGACAGAGGAGAACAAAAUUGAUGUGCCACAGGCAUUGAGAUCCAGCACAAGGAAGAAAAGAUAAUACAUUUAUAAAUAAAGGCAAGCUGCAAGGGAGGGAGUUUAGACAUUUAAAUAGAAAAGGCAUAAGGAAAGAAAAAUCAAAAGGAGGAGAAAAAAAAGAAGAAAUGACCGGGCCACUAAGAAAAACCUAUAAAGACAAUGUUGGAAAGUGAUCAGUGCCUGCUAUUGGUAUCUCUUACUAAAUCAGUUUUGCUAAAUUACUAAGUGAGAAGUAACCUAUACAAACUGCUGUUCUAACUACUCUACUUUAGCAUUUUUGUGGCCGAGCAUGCCUCUGUAAAUAUUCAAACCUCUGAAGAAAUAUUUCUUUAUUAACCCAGUGAGUAUGUGAUCGAUUUUGUAUUUUUGUCUGGACGGAUUUAUUUUGUCCAGUAGUCAUGUGCCACAAGAGAAGGUAGAACUGGGUGCAAUGCUUUUGUUGUAAAGCUUAUUUGGAGCAUUGUGGUUCUAUAUGUUUAAAAAUAUUGAACAUUUUGUAUUUUUUAUUUUUUUUUCUGUAGUUGCCAGAGGACAAGCGAACUAAAAGACAAGUCUACUCUCUCUAGACUAGCGUGUCAGUUGGUGCCUGGAAAACUAUAGCAACUUGUUAAUUAUAAAAAUACCUUCCCACAAUGCCUGAGGUUCAAUACUAUAAUGUUGAUGGAUAAGCUAUCUGUGUAUGCACAUCAGUCACACUAUUGAAGCAUUUCACAGAAUUUAGGAACCAUGGAAAAUACUCUAAUACUUGUGUUUGUGUGCUCCCUCUGUACCGGUGGGUUGGGCUUUCCCAUUUGUUUGUUAUUCAUUUAUCGUUGUUGGUUAAACUAAGAUUGACCACUUUACUCUAUUUUGUUGUACAGGUUGGCAUCAAACGCCACCACAGUGUGUGUGUGUGUGUGUGUGUGUAUACACACACACUUGACAGCAGCAUGAGAAGUUGCACUUUAUUUUUUGGGGAAGUACAUCGGGUUAGGGCAGAGGCAAGGUAGUUAUGGAGAACUAGACAUAUGUGUUCGAAGUAGUGAGUGCGACAGCUUGAAACGCUGCACAUCCAGAGAUAUUGUUGAUUGUGUCAUCAGAGCUAGCUAAACCCCCGGCACACGUGACUUACGCAGCUGAGAAUUCUGUUCUGGCCUGACUAAUGUCCAUUCUGUGCAAAUUUUAUGGCUGUUCUCGGCACACACGGCGCUCUGCCUGCAAAGGGAAACUAGCUUUCGCCUCCCUCCGUUUAAAACCUGGGAGAAAUCCUCCCUCUUCCACUCACCUUGCCAGUCCAAAUGUGCGGAUCCAAUCCCUCUUCUUGGGUGACUUCACAGGCAAGACCUGAAAGAGCAUCACUGGAACAAGGUAUAAAAUUACCAUUACUCAUAGGGCAUUUUAUAAUGUAUUAAUCUUAAUAGUUGGAUAAGAAAAGGUAAUAAGACUAUGGUGUAGCUCCAAACUCUAAAGAUUUUUAGAUGUAUAAAAGGAAUGUACUUUCUUUUUGCUCCUGGUGUUGGUCUUAAAGUUCCAUAAUCUUAAAUUGCCUGAAGAAAAUGAGUGGACCGCACUAUUAAUAAACAGACUGCUUCAGUGAUGCAAAUCCUUCAAAGUACCAGUUUAUUUAGACAAAAUGCUAGGUGAACCGCAUAGAGAAUAAAAUGUUUUUUUUUUUUUUUUGUUUGUUUUUUUUUUAAUUGAGUAGUGCGUGCGCAACGUAUGCACAAAAUACAAAGAACCCAAAUACCUGCAUGAAAGGGGGAUAGCAAAUGAAAAAACCUUGCCGGCCACGAUCACCUUUUAGGUCUUAGACUGAAUUUUUAUCAACAACAAUGGUUUGAAGCGAUGGAUCAAUCUAUUAAGGGUUUAUAUCGGCGGAAAACUGGAAAAAAAGCUGCAAAUCGUUCCAAUGAUAUUAAAGUCUCACUAUAAAAAUAUAAAUCGCCCUGAAUAUCACUUAUUAGAAAAGAGGUGAAAUGUGGGGGGAAAAUAAAACUUUGUCACAGGAAUGACUUAACCGUUUAUUUUGUUUUUUCAUUGCAAGAAAAUGUGACACAACACAUAUUGCCUUUUUAAUAUGAAGCUACAUUGUUCUUAAACUACAAUUGAGUGUUCCAAAAAACAAGCUGUUAUUGUCAACAAAUUAGGUUUAUUUUUAGGGCAUUUGCCAGGGUCCUUGCCAGUACACUGCACGAUGUUGGGCUAUUCAGAACAGAUUCAGUUCAACAUACCGUUGUAGGGUAAUGGGAUUAGCAAAGGCACUCUUGCAUAGUCUUGAAACUGUGUAACUUUUUCUCAAAUUUUGCUUUUACAAAACAAAAGUUGUAUGUGUAUAGCCUGAUGAAAAGUUGACAAAUUUUGUAUAAAUCUGCAAAGAGGCUAUAAUCUACUGAAAGAGUGUGGUUCUCUUGGAAGUUGUAUCAUUUUGUUGGAUAACACAACAGGGAAAAUGAAUUCUACAUUAUCCUGAGUGCCAGACGUACAGAUUUUGAGGUGGGGGAAGACAUUUCUAACAUUACAUAAGGUCAGAGGAAAAAGGCUGUUCCAGGGGCAAUGGUACUAGACAUACAAUACACAUUGAGGCAAACACGAAUGUGUGUACAACUAUAUGGAUAUAUUGAUAAAGUGAGUAAAAUACAGCUAUGUUGGUGAGGGAGCAGAUGAAUUGGAAACCAACGGAAAUCUUCACCAUUUUGUGCUUUACAUAAUCAUUGGUACUUAUACUUAAGGCUUUAAUUUGUGAAGCUCAUUCUGCUAGUUACAGAAAGCAAACUACAAUUUGGUUAACAUAUAGUUUGUUCUUAAAAUCCACUGAAUCCCUGUAUGAUUGGUAUUCAGUUGAUGCCCAAUUGCUGAUUUAGAAGGCAAACGAGGUGUAAACCAGCUAGAAUCUACAUACAUUCUGGUAAAAAAGGGAAUAUAUAUAUAUAUAUAUAUAUUUUUUUUUUAGCAAAGGAGCAAACUGUGUUUGUGUCCUAACCUUGUUCUGUGUUAUCUUCUGAAUGAGUUGUCUAUAAACUUGCUGUUGUAGCAUUUACUAAUCCUUAAAGGAUUAUUUUGUGUACGCAUGGAAUUGAUGGGGGAAGUACUCGCUACCAGCUGCUCUUGAUCCUUUGCCCUUUGUUGUUAAAUGGAAUAAUUAAAAAUGCCAUGUAUGGAUUUGUACAUGAAAAUCAUUAAACUGUAAGAAGUAGAGAUUGGGUUGAAAAGGGGAGAGAGAUAGAUAUAGAUAGAUAUAGAUAUAUAUAUAUAUACACACACACACCCCCCCGGCCAAAAAAAAGUCUCCACCUGGAUUUAACUAUGCAAAUAGGUAAGAGCCUCCUAUUGGAUAGUUACUGCAUGGGCGAUUAUCUUUCAGCUGGCAACACGUUAUUUAACCCCAAUUGAUGCAAUGAGUAGCUUCUCAUUUCUUAAACAACCAUGCCGAAAGACACAUCUUGUGGUCGUGUAAAAGAUGUUAGUCUGUUUGAGAAGGGUCAAAUCAUUGGCAUGCAUCAAGCAGAGAAAACGUCUGAGACAAACUACUAAAAUUGGGUUAAGAACGCCAACGCAUUAUUAAAAACUGGAAGGAUAGUGGGGAACCAUCGUCUCUAAAGAAAUGUAAGAAGAGGGGCAGGUGCACCCAUCAUGCCUAUUGCCUACUGUACAAGCCUGUGGGGGCCGUGCUAUGAUCUGGGGUUGCUGCAGUUGGUCAGGUCUAGGUUCAGCAACAUUAUGUGCCCAAAGAAUGAGGUCAGCUGACUACCUGAAUAUGCAUAAUGACCAGGUUAUUGCAUCAAUGGAUUUUUUUUUUCUUUCCUGAUGGCACGGGCAUAUUCCAAGAUGGCAAUGCCAGGAUUCAUUGGGCUCAAAUUGUGAAAGAGGGGUUCAGGGAGCAUGAGACAUUUUCACUCAUGGAUUGGUCACCACAGAGUCCAGAUGUUAACCCCACUGAGGAUCUUUGGGAUGUGCUGGAGAAGGCUUGGCGCAGUGGUCCGACUCUCCCAUCAUCAAUACAAGAUCUUGGUGAAAAAUUAAUGCAACACUGGAUGGAAAUAACAGAUCAAAGGUGAGAAUUGUGGGGAAAUUGCUCUGACCACUGGAAAUGAAGCACCCUUUGCUCUUCCGCUGAUUAGGCAUAGGAAACCUCAAUAAGACAAAGUAGUCCCUACUUUUUCUUAUGCUUUAAAGGAAACUAGAGCAGACAUGAAGAACAGAUCCUGACAGAGGAAUCGAUUGGGGAAAGGUAAGUUCAGCAUGACUGCCGCUUAAAUGAAGCAGUUUUAGUCUAUAGACCAGUGAUGGCGAACCUUUUUGAGCCCGAGUGCCCAAACCGCAAUACUUUAUUUUUUUAUUUUUUUCCUUAAAGUGCCAACACGGCAAUUAAACCUCAAUACUGAAGUUUAAGUUUAGAAAAAACAACUCGUACUGUUGUCCGAACUAAUUAACAAAUUUUGUUUUAAAACACAACAGAGAUUGCAAUGAUACAAAUUUUAAAUAAUGAUAUAAAUAAAUAAAAUUAAGCUUAUAUUAGUAUAUAAAUAAAUAAAAUUAAGCUUAUAUUAGUAUCUCCAGCAAAUGCAAUACAUACACGCAGACUGCUGAAUACACACACACAAGACUACUGAAUACAGAGACUGAUGAAUACACACACACACACACACUCUGCUGAAUACACAUACAGACAGACUGCUGAAUAUAUACACAGUCCGCUGAAUACACACACUGCUGAGUACACACACACAGUUAUAUACACACACACACAGGCUGCUGAAUACACACACAUACUGCAUUGAGGGGUGUGGGGUGGUGUUUGUGUGUGUGUGUGUGUGUGAGGGGGUAGGGCUGCUGUGUGUGGGGGGGGUUGGGGGGGUGCUGGGUGUUGGGGAGGGGAGGAGUGCUGUGUGGGGGGUAGGGGUACUGUGUGUGUGGGGGGGUAGGGUAAAGGUGUUUAAAAAAAAAAAAGUAUGCUAUAUCAUUGCAUAUUGUGUUUUUGCAAUUAUGCAUCUACGUUUUUAUCUCUUGCUUUAUAAAUUGAACUUUAUUUGCAUGCAGGGUCUACAAAGCAAUUAAAAGAGCAGGAGAUAAGAAAUUCGAACUAAAAUUAAACCGUGUGCAAUACAGUGUAUACAUUAGAUCUCACUUUACAAGAAGUGUUUAGGAAGGCUGUGCAAGUCACAUGCAGGAAGGUGUGAGUAGGGCUGCAUAAACAAAGUGAUUUACCUCCUAAAUGGCAGAGUAUUAAGCAGUAUGACCACAGGGGCAUGAUCUAUGCAACAAAACUGCUUCAUUAAGCUAAAGUUGUUUUGGUGACUAUAGUCUCCCUUUAAAUAUAGAGAUGCAUAACCUUUUUAACCUGCAACUAGGGGUCUCCAUCUUGGCUCCCUGUUAAUCAUUGUUAUAAGCACUGCCCUUUGCACCUGUCAGUCACCAUAGAGAAAGUAUGCAAAGAAGAGAAUUGAAACAAUGUUUCUAUUUCUCCUCCUCAUAUGCAGUGUGUGUCCUGGUUAUUCUUAGAUUGAACUUGAUUGGGAUAUCAUUUACUUAAUCUUUUUAAUAUAAACUUAUCAGGUCGUGAUUAGCUCAAUCUUCGCCUGCAGGAGUAGCCAGCUACUGCCCGGGGCACUCAGGUUCGUUGUAAAACCCUUCAUGAACGAGUCACUCCUGGCCCCAUAACCAAUGUAGUCCAAUUUUAAAACUGUUUAAAUUUCUGGCGAAACAACCAAAUUAAGUCAAAUAACAGGAUAAAAACGAAAUAUUCUAAAAACAAGUUCAGCCGUUCUGUUGAGAAAAUUUUGUAAAGGUGUUUUUAUAAUAUCUUUACCGCAAUAUUCUAGUAUUUCCUCUAUUUCAUGCCAAUUGUAUUUGUGUGUCGUAAACUUAAAAUAGACCAAAAAUAGAUUCAAGACCUUCAUUUGUAAAUUCUUCUCUAUUUGGAUGAGUAAAUAUUUGCUAAAACCUUUUAUGAUUCAUUAUUAAUUGCAGCAGCACUUGCUAGAGCGGCUGAGGGCCCGCAGGUAGCUCUUACUUACCUUCCCAGCAGCUCCCCUGUGUAAAUAUUGCGCAUCCCACGGCCGUCAGAGCGUUAUCUCGGGUUACCAUGGCAACACUCCAUGCGGCACACAGACCGCAAGAUUUACACAGGGGAGCUGAUGGGAGCUGCUGGGAAGGUAAGUAAGCGCUUGCUGGGCCCCCUCUGCACAGUCCAUGCCACCGGAAUACCAGGGAAUGCCAUAGACCCCUUCCCUAGCCAAGUAAGAAGCAGGGAGGGGGGCUUAAAAAAACAAUAUUUAAUAUUUAAAAAAAAAAAGUAGCUAAAAAUCUCCCCCUACUCCCCAUUUUACACAAAUUACAUACCUACAAAAACACACAUGCGCUCUGCAUUAUAUAUACACACACUACACAAACACACACUCUGCAUUCAUUAUAUACACACUACACAUACUGUAUUAACUUUACACACACUGCAUUCACUAUAGACACACUACACACAUACUGUGCAUUCUUUAUAUCACACACUGCAUUCACUAUUCACACUACACACGCAUAGCUUUCAUUACAGACUCUGCAUUCACUGUAUAUACACACUACACAAACUCACUGCAUUCACUAUACACACUCUGCAUUCACUACACAAACACACACAGCUCUCCUGUCUAAACACACUGCAUCCAUUACAUGUGGCAUGUAUAUUUUGUUCAUUUACCUUUAGAAAUAGUUAAUUUUUUCAGAAUGGUAAAUGUACAGAUUAUCGGUAUCGGCUCUAAAAAAAAAAAAAAAUCCACAUCGGUCAAUCCCUUGAUCCCUUAAAAAAAAAGAAAAAAAAAAAGUCCUUUUAAAUACGUAUAUCUUCCUAAAUUGUGUACAGUUUGCCUGGUGGUUUAAAAAACAAAACAAAGCCUCUUUUAAAGGACCAGUUUGGGCACUAUACCAACUUUAUCAGAAUUAAGUUAUGGUGCCAAGAGGUCCAUUUUGUUGGCUCAAGUUUUAGGGGUUAAACCAUUUACGAACACUUUUUUAACCCGAAAGUCUGUGCUACAGCCAUUUUUACACCGUUUUAAAGUCCUUACAAUGCAAUAAAAUUCCAAGACGAUCAAUAUGAAGUUUUUAUAAUGAUUGGAGGCGAGAAUUGCGCCCAGGAAAGGGAACACGCUUUAGUGGUCAUGGUGCUUAGUGUAAUUCAUGGUGUGAUUCAAGGGUAAUGAUCAAAGAAGCAUAAUUUCAUAAUCCUUUUAAUUUACCUUAUGAGUUGCAUUUAUGAAUUUUUUUUUUUUGCUUGAUGUAUGGUCUUUGUGCUAGAUUAUAUGAAACAACCAUGUUUGUCUCUCGAAUGCAAAUGCUUGUAUUUGUUGCUAUAUUAACUUCCUGUCAUGGUUAAAUGAUCUGGUACAUGAAAGUAAUGUUUACACUAUAAAAGAUGCAAGCAUUUAUGGAAUUGUCCAAGCAUGUGUCUAGAGGACUGACAAAUUGUAAUGGUUCAUACGUAUUCUUGUGGGCAAGUUAAUGCUGGUGCUUUCCAUUUUCUUCCUCCACGUUUAGAGACACACUACUCCCAAGCGUGCUUGCCACUUGGUUUUGGGGGUGAAAGGGUUAAAAAUCACUCUUUGUCUACCCUAGAAUUAGAAUAAUAAUCUUAACACCACCCACUGUACUAUUAUUAUUAUUAUUAUUAUUAUUAUUAUUAUUAUUAUUAUUGCCAUUUAUAUAGCGCCAACAGAUUCCGUAGCGCUUUACAAUAUGAUGAUAGGGGAUUUAACUAUAAAUAGGACAAUUACAAAUAAACUUACAGGAACAAUAGGUUGAAGAGGACCCUCCUCAAUCGAGCUUACAUUCUAUAGGAGGUGGGGUGUAAAACACAUUAGGACAGGAAUGUGCAAUCAAAUCAGGUGGGCUGCCCUUUAGGAGAGGGCAAGAGAUGGGUAUGUGAGGUAGGGGUUAGUCUUGGAGGCCAUAAGCUUUCCUAAAGAGAUGGGUUUUAAGGCACUUUUUAAAAGAUGCAAGACUAGGGGAGAGUCGGAUGGCGGUAGGCAGGCUGUUCCAUAGGAAGGGAGCCGCCCGCGAGAAGUCCUGCAAGCGCGAGUUGGCCGUACGGACAACGGACAGGAGGUGGUCACGGGCAGAGCGGAGAGACCGAGAAGGGACAUACCUGUGGACCUGUGAGGAGAUAUAAGAGGGGCUAGAGUUGUUCAGUGCUUUAUAGGUGUGAGUUAGUGCCUUGAAUUGACUCCUAUAGCACACAGGAAGCCAAUGUAAGGACUGGCAGAGGGGUGAGGUGUGAGAGAACCGACUAGAGAGGAAAAUCAGUCUAGCAGCAGCAUUCAUUACAGACUGUAGGGGUGCAGUACGGCUUUUGGGAAGACCAAGCAGGAGAGGGUUACAAUAAUCCAUGCGUGAAAUUAUUAGAGCAUGGACAAGCUCCUUGGUAGUAUCUGGUGCAAGAAAGGGGCGGAUGCGGGCUAUGUUUUUAAGAUGGAAUCUACAGGAUUUGGCAACAUGCUGGAUGUGAGGCUCCAAGGUGAGGCCAGAGUCAAGUAUGACGCCAAGACAGCGCGCUUGCAAGGAUGGGCUGAUGUUGGUACCACAAACUUGAAGGGAGAGCGAAAGAGGAGGAUCAGUAUUAGGAGGAGGAAAGACAAGGAGCUCAGUUUUUGAGAGAUUGAGUUUCAGAAAGCGGGAGGACAUCCAGUCAGAGAUGGAAGAAAGGCAAGCAGUGACACGUUGCAGGACAGCAGGGGAGAGGUCCGGGGAGGAGAGAUAUAGCUGGGUGUCAUCAGCGUACAGGUGGUAGUGGAAACCAAAUGAGGUAAUAAGUUUGCCAAGAGAGGCAGUAUAAAGAGAAAAUAGAAGGGGACCAAGGACGGAGCCUUGGGGGACUCCAACCGAGACAGGGCGAGGGGAGGAGGUAUCAUUAGAAAAAGAGACACUGAAUGAGCGUUGGGAGAGAUAAGAGGAAAACCAUGAGAGGACAGAGUCACAGAGACCAAGCGAUUGCAGAGUUUGAAGAAGGAGAGCAUGAUCAACGGUGUCAAAGGCCGCUGAGAGGUCAAGAAGUAUUAGUAUGGAUUAGUGGCCUUUGGAUUUAGCUGCGAUUAGGUCGUUAGUAACUUUGAUAAGGGCAGUCUCUGUAGAGUGGAGAGGGUGGAAGCCAGAUUGAAGGGGGUCAAGGAGAGAGUUGGAAUUGAGGAAAUGAGACACACGGGUAAAGACGAGUCUUUCCCUUGUAUACAGAGCCUGCAAGCGGAACCACAAACUGUGCUCUUUUACUAUCCAAAAGCUUCCACCACAAAGACAAUUUAAAAAAUGGGCAAGCCAAGCCACUUACACAAUUUAACACAGUAUUGUAUUGGUCUCUUUUUAGCUUUUUGAAUACAGAUACCAGAGCUCUAAAUAGAAUCGGAUUCUUAAUAUUUUAAUAACAAAAAUACAAAUGAGAUGUUACACAUUAUUUUUCAUGACGCAAAAGGGAUAUACAAAACCAAAAUAAACAAAUGCAAAAAUCAAAAUUCUAGAAAUAAAACUUAAACAAAACACAAUUUACGCUAGUGCAAGUAUCAUCAGUGAUUUGAAGUGGUCAUGGUGGUGAGAGUUUAGAUGUGCAGUUUUUCAUCUUGAAACACUAUAUAUCCAGAGAUAUUGUUAAUUGUGUACUGGAGGAUAGUUACACCCCUGGCACACAUGACAUUGGCGCUCCGGACUGCCUAAUAUCAAUUCUCUGUGCAUAAUUUAAGUUAGUCUGCGCAUGCUGCUGACAGACAUUACUGCUUUUCCCUUGUAUACAGAGCCUGCAAGCGGAACCACAAACUGUGCUCUAAAUGGAAGCUCUGAUUGGAUAGUUGUUUUGCUUGUAUUCUAUUUGACAGACCGGCUGGACAAUGGUGGACUUUAUAUAUGCUUUGAUAUUUUUAUUUUUGGGUUUCUGAAGAAAGUAUUUUCAAGAACGUGAUCCAGUACAGAUUGUGAGUUAUAGCAGUAGUGCAACUCUAAUAUAGUACUUAUCCAUGGGCACGCUGCAACGUUAAUUAUAUUGCUUGUGAAGAUUACCUUCCGAAUGUGUUUUAACAGCUGUAAAACUACAGAUAUGGCCUACUCAGUGGAUGUAGUCUUAUUCACUACUGCAGCCAUCAUGGAAAUUUGUAAGUAAGCUGCAAGUUAGUGUGUUUAAUGUUUGUUUUUAUAUAGUUGAAACCUUGAACAUCAGUUGAUUAGGUCAAUAACAAAAUAAUAUAUUAAAAACUUUAGAACUUCAUGAACAGUUCUAAUUACUGGGAGAAGUAAGACUUUUAUAUUGAUUGUAAAGUGGAAUUUUACUAGGCUUUUUGCAUAUGCUUAUUUGGCACUCUGUAAUAUAAAAAAUUCCUGACAUGUAGUUUUGUUAAGAAGAAUUUCUGCUAUGUAGAUCCUUGAGGGAAAUAGUUUUUGGUGUCCCUGCACCGGGAUGGGGGUUAUUAACUCUUUAAAAGUGACAUGUAGAGUACAUUUUUACUUUUACUAAAAAAACUGAUUAUUCAUUUGCUCAAAUAAGCUGUUCUUUUGAGCUCUUGAACUUCAAAUCUAUACUCAACCAAUUUUCCAGACAUGUCCUUUUAACAUGUCUCCUUUAUAACUGUGUUAUCCUGAAAGUCAGCACAAAAGGUGUUUGUUGGAUUUGUAGUUGUCAUGAGCUGUUACCUAAUCUACAAUUCGUACAGACCAUUUUGUUCCAAAGUUUUUGACAUAUGCCGAUAUUGAGAGGAUCAAGGUUGAACUAGGUACUGGUUUGGUGAGAGCUUACUACUGAAGCUGCAGAUCUGGGAUUUGCAUCAAUUAAUACAGGAUCUUCAGGCGGUGACCUGGUGUUACCUUAUAUAAAUACAAUGGUUUGUUUUGCCUACAUUUUUAAAGACCAUAAAUUGUGUGUAUAUAAUGUAUACGUAUAAAUGUUGUUCUGUGUCCCAGGCUCCUGGGCAUUGCAGGAGAGGAACAUAAUUGAGUGCAGCAUAAUUAAUGGCUUUGAGUGUAACUCCCAUAAUUCUCAGGCCUUCCUAAAUGGUGUCAACUACCAAGAUUAUCUAUUUGCAUUUCACAAUCUCUAGCAUUUGAAAAUUCAGUAUGGGGAAAAAAAAACAAUUUUUUUUUAUUUUAUUUUUAACUUUUUAUAAAUACAAAGUAAUUUAUAACUGUGUUAGCAGAAUAUGUAGUUUUAGAAGUAACUAUAAAUGCUUGACCUUUUGCUGUUGUGGUCUGGGGUGUCCCCAGAACCUCUCUAUGGGGACACACACAGACACACACCCCUUGCCUGCGCAUUCACACUUUUUCCUUGAAACGGUCCAAGCUCUAUAAGCACACCUGGCUGUAGUGGUUAUGGUCAAGCCUAGACUCUCCCUCGGGCAACAUGGACAAAUGCCCAGUGGGAUGUGAUGGUCAUGAGCAAAUUAUCUUGGCAGUCAGCCGAUGAAGGGCCAACGUUCAUGGAUUGCUGCCCCAAAGAAGGAAAUAUUUCCCUUCAAAGGCCAGUGGGGAGAUCAAAGAUGUUGAAAGUGUUGCAUGGAGCCUCCAGUGGAUGCAGACCUAGUGCUUUGUUACCUUGAGCUCUGGCUACUGAGGGUGUUGCUGCAGAUUACCUUGGCAAUGCUCUCACUCAGUAAUGCUUACUGGACCACCAACAUUUCACCCUCCCAUCGACAUAAGUUACAAAACGGAAAGAUAUUUAUUUUUUUUAAUAUUAAAUUUAUCUACUCUAAAGCCUCUAUCACUGCGGCCACCAGAUAUACACACACCUACAUUCACGUUCGUCAUCUGGUAUCCAGCUUUCCUCAACACCAGAGACUAUUCACCAGUAAAUGCAGAGCAAGCAUGCCAUCCUAUUGGCUUGUGCUGCAUAAAACAUGGGCACUUUCUCCAAGCAAGAACAGAGCAGGGCUCUGCGCAUUGGAUGCCACGGUCACUUUGAAGGGGCAUGCGUGUCAUUGGUGAUGACAUACCCCAUCUCUGCCUAGCCCCCUCCAAUAUUGCUGUGCUAUCUUUAAAUGCCUAUCACGUUCAAAAUUUAGUUUGAAGACUGAAAUGACUGAUAACAGUCAAAACUCUCAAAGUUAACUUACCUCUUUUCCAGUGCGGAGGUCAAGGCCAAGUUCUCCCCUUUUCUGUUACACAUGCAUUUUGGAGAAAACAAACUAGAGGGGAUGAGGGGAGAUGCAUUGAUUUUUAGAAAUUAAAGUCCUUUGCAUUUAUGUGUGAGUUCUCUCCAAAUGUGGUAUUUUAUAUAAACUAGCAAGCAAAUGUUUUUGGAUAUUAGGUACAAUAAGUCUUCCAAUAGUAGUGGCAGUGUAGAUGUACCCUUCCUUUUGAAGUGUAACCAAACUGUGAAUAUGUACCCUUCCUUUUGAAGUGUAACCAAACUGUGAGAUAAUCAACCUCUUAGAGACACACUAUGUGUAAUAUGUAACCUAUGCUUCUUGUUAAUAUAGGAUUUAGUUUUAUAUCUUAUCCUCUAUUACACUAAGACUGUGACAAGAUGAGUGUACACAGAGGGGUGCCUGGGACACAUAAUGUGGAAAUCCUAAGCGCCAUUUGCGCUCCACGAAUGGAACGCAUACAGCCGAACCCGGAAACGGAAGUGGAACGCAGCAACACCAAAUCUACCCGUCAGAGGAUACAUGCGUUCCACGGAUGGAACACAAAAGGCCGAACGCGGAAGUGAAACACAUUCGAAAAGGCCGAAAAACUCCCAAAAAGACUGCCAGAGGGGAGGACAUUUAAGGCAGACUUACUGUGGAUACAAACUAGCAACUGAGGAAGCCUCUAGACGAGGCGAAACGCAUUUUGCACCUUAGAUAAGGACCAACCUUCACCAACUGUAAGGUUUUCUACCGAUUUUUAUGUAUUUUAUAUAUUUAUGUGCAUAUUCAAAUAAAGCACUUUAUUUUUGAUACAUCCUGAGAGGACAUCCUAUAUGUGGAUACUGCAGGCAGCAACAAGAAGGAAGUGGGUCCCUUUAGUACCCACAGAGCUCUACUAUUGAGCCUUUUGAAUUGGCUCUAUGUUUGUGAGUGCUUAAUCUCUUAUACAUAUUGAUUACUGAUUGAAAUUGGCUAUAUUGCACUAUUUCCUUGUUAUUUAUGUUCAUAUUCUAGAGAACAUUCCCAUUUGGACUAUUUUAUUGCCACUACUAUUGGAAGACUUAUUGUACCUAAUAUACUCCACCUUGUACCGUAUGUAUAUGUCUAUUUUUAUGUGGGGAUAAAGGGAAACCCACAAUAAGGUGUUUUGAGUUUUUGCUAUUUUGUGCCACUCAUUGGGAUAUUGUAACGUAGCAAUUUCAAAUGUUUUUGGAUGCCUUGUGAACCUAUUGUAAAUCCAAAUUUAGUUGUUAAAACAAUUGCUUGAUUGUUUAAUUUAUCUUCUACCCAGAAUGUGUUUAAGUAUAUGUAUUAAAAUAUUUAAAUAUUUGUGUGUAUAUAGUGCUAAAUAUUUUAAUGUUAUUGUAUACAUGAAUGUUUUAGUAUGUUUGGUUUUCUACUUGUCAUCUAGUACCAUUUUCCAUCGGAAAAUCCAAUGUUCUACACUUCAUUAAGGUGCAGAAAACCGUAAUUAUGCAAAUUGACAUUUUUCAUAUGCCCUGUUCCACCUCACCCUGAAGGUGCUCGGUUAGCCUGAUGUGGUGGGGACUGUGCAGACCAGUUCAGUAAAUGAAAGUGUGCCGUGUUAAUAGAAUCAGAUUGAAUAAUGUAUGCGUUGUGACAGUGCAUUGUCCUUCUAGAUGUAUUCAUCUGAAAACGCAUAGACCGUGCCAAUAAAAGAAUGCACAUGCUCAGCAACAAUGCUUUGGUAUGCCGAGCAUUCAGAUGAUGUUCAGUUGGUAUUAAAGGAUCUAAUGUGCACCAUUAAUUCAUUGUGCAGGCCCUUAUACCACCAUCACCAGCCUGUACAGUUCACAGAAGGCAGAAUGGUUCCACAUUUAAUUUUUUAGUUUUGUAUUUUGCAUAAUAAAUAAAGUGAGGUUUAUGCAAGUUGGUCAACGCUCUUCUAAUCUUUCCUUUUCUAAUUUCAUUGAUCACAUUUCUGCUGUGACCCCCUCAUCCUGUGUAACCUAGUCUGUCUGUGUGCAGAUUUACCAUUCUGGUCUUUUAGAUAUCUCUUUUAUAUAUAUUAUUCUCAGCAUGUUCUUCAGCAUGAUGUUACCUCCAGUUCAGUUUAGUUCUUUGACUUUUUUUUUUCUGUGUGUAUGUAAAAUAGUAUGUUUGUGCUUGUUAAAAUAUUGUAUCUCUUUUUGUAUUGAAACAAAAAACACAGUUAAAGGGCCACUCAAUGCACCAUAACCACUACAACUCAGUAGUGGUCCAAUGGGUCUUUGAAUGCUGCCCCCCUUAUUUUUCUGUUAAAUUUUCCAAGUUGUUUAGCAAAACACAAGUCUCUCUCCUCCACCCCCAAAGCCUGGCACUACUGCACAAAGUCUGGGUUGUCCAUCUAACUUUUGAUGGCAAUGACAAGCUAAGAAAUGCUCCAGACUGAUCCUUUCCGGCGCUCUGCCUUUUAUUGAGCAGAUAAUGCUUAUGUUUACCUUUUUGGUAUUAGAUGUUCAACUGUGGAGGGUUUUGGUCAAACUACUUUAGCAUUCAAAGGAAAACAUGGAGACACAAAACUGUAUUAUAGCCAGGGGUAAAAAAACCUAUUGACCAGCAUCAUAGUGGAGAUUCCAGAGUGGGCAAUGGUAGUGGUUUACAAAUUAUGCCAAUCUGUAUCUUGUAUCUUGAAAUGAAAUGCAGCCUGAGACUCGUAGAAGGAAUAGCGUCCAGUGCCUAAAAUGUCAUUGGAGUGACACAAAGAAAUGGGCAGGGACACUAUCUAGACCAGCUAGAGUGACAGCACCCAAAGGCUCAUACCACCAUAGCCACUACAAUGCGCUGUACUCCUUCAGAGUGCAUCGUUAAGAAUUCUAGUGGAAAAAUAUUUCCUGCUGGUUGUUUGAAGUUAGAAGAAUGUUAUUUGGUUUUAUCGCUGCUAAAAGAUGCUGAGCGGUCUAUGCUGUUUUGCCAUGUGGUUGGGAACCCUUUUCAGACUGCCUGUGUCUGUACUAUUUCCUCUCUGUGCCUUAGAGUUUUAACAAAAACAAGCCAUUCUCUGAAGUACUAGUGAACGCACAUUUCACAUUGCUCCCUGUCUUCAUCUUGAUUGUUGAUUUUAACCCCCUCCUACUCAUUCCCUCAAAUUUAACUGGACUUAAAAAAUACUAAUCCAGAGGGACCUGUAAAUCAGAAAAUGUGCAUGUUUGUGAGAGGGAGACCGGUAAAGGGGCAAACGUUUGCUAAACUGUUUGUUCCAUUACUGUGGAACCGGGCCAGGUUACUCCUGGCAUUAUAACCACUACAUACUGUAUGAUAACCCAUGAUUGGAGUUUUGGUAAAAUUGAAAGUAUUUUUGAUGGAGACUGUGGUUUAUUUUUAAUUUAUAUAUAUAUCUUAUCUUAUAUAUAUUUUUUUUUUAUUUUUUUUUGAAGGGGUUCUUCUGAUGCCCCAUCACUAGGUAUGACUGUAAUAUUAAAGAUAGCUUUGCUUAUUAUAACUUCUGUGAAACAUAAGAAAAAUACCUUAAUUUAUUAGCUCUGAUUGUUGAAAUGCUUAAAGGGACACCAGAACAACUACAGCUUAUUGUAUUUGGUCUGGUGAGUAGAAUCAUUCCCUUCAGGGUUUUUCCUGUGAAACCAAAAAACAAUAUAUCUACAAAAAUACAGAACACAACAUACAACUCAGUGUUGUAUAGUACAGACUGUUUUUAGUACAGUACAGUUUUUGCUGUAAACACUGUCUUUUCAGAGAAAAUGCAGAGUUUACAUUACAGCCUAGUGAUAACUUCACUGGCCACUCCACAGAUGGCUGCUAGAGGUGCUUCCUGUGGCAAUGCUGCAGAGUAAGCAACACUGCCAUUCAGUGUCUCCACCCUCUGCAUGCAGACACUGAACUUUCCUAAUAGAGAUGCAUUGAUGUAAUUCAUCUUUCUGAGGAGAUGCUGAUUGGCCAGGGCUGUGUUUGACUUGUGCAGGAUCUGCUUCAUUGAGUCUCAGCCAAUCCUAUGUGAAAGCAUUGUUAUUGGCUCAGGCCACCACUUCUGAUGUCAGCAGGCAGAGGCAGCAGCUUUAUACUUGAAUACAUGUAAGAUUUUACUAUAUUUAGGGAGGCAAGAGUGGGUCGGACAGGGAGGUAGAUGGUGGCUUUAACACUGUAGAAUCAGGAAUACAUGUUUGUGUUCCUGACCCUAUAGUGUUCCUUUAAUGACAAGUAUGUUUUGAGCUGUUUUAAAGCUAAAUAUUUUUAGUAAAACUACUACCCAAAAAAAUACAUUUGUAGAAAUAAGAAGCAGGGGCAGAGGGCUGUUGAAGCACCAUGUCUAUAUGGGCUGUAGGCAUUUUUCAUAGCACAAGCAAACUUUAUGAUACACUUGCUGGGGACAUUUCCAUAGCAUUCCCCGAUACAGGGGAAAAAAAAAAAAUGUUGUGACCUAAAAGCAAAACAAAGAAAUACGCUACAACAGUCAUGCAUAAACCUUCAAAACACACCAAAAAAUUGGAAACUGCUCACAAAAUGUAACAAAGCUAGAACACAUAAGUUUUUUACCAAUACCUCGUAUAACAGAAUAAAGUAAUUCAGACUGAGUGCGCGCGCGCCCAGACUGCUGAGUGCGUGCGCGCGCAUCAUUCUCACUGACAAACACAUAUACUAUUUGACAGACAGACAUACAAACUCCCUAACAGAAACCCAUACAAUUUUUUUUUUUAAACCAAUUUUUAUUUUUAUUUACAUUUUACUCCACCCAGCCCACCUACCUUUAGGAGUGCUGGCAUGGAGUCCCUGGGUUCCAAUGGGGCUGAGCAGCUGGCGUGCGGUCCCUGAGGUCCAUUGGGGCUGCUGAGCGGAUGGCGUGCGGGCGGUGAGGGAGCAGUGAUCUCCCUGUUCAGCUCCCUUGCGCGCCUCUUAGUGAUGCCGGAGCCGAAGUGACGUCAUAUUCCGGCUCCAGCAUCACUGCUGUGCGCGCAAGGGAGUUGAGCAGGGAGAUCGCUGCUCUCUUGUCGUCCGCGUCAGUUUUAUUUUUUUAAACUUUUGGCGGAACCCCAAUUGGAAAAUGCUGGUCUAGCAGCUCUUAAUAUACCAGGUCUUUAAAGCUCUUAAUAUACCAGGAAAUAAACUGUUGGCAUUGUGAAACCAACUUGUCCGAGGUCACUGCAUUCCAUAAUUUAUUCUUGAGGCAAUAGUUCAUGCGUUUCCAUUUGCUGAAUGACAGUGAGAUGACCUCAAGUAGAAGUUUAUGACCUUCAACUCUUGUGCAGUUUGUUACAUCUUGAAAAAUAAUAUUGGCAAGAGGCAAUCCGUGAAGACCCUGAAGUAUUUAAUGUUUUUAUUCUGUGAAGCCUUUUGCAUUGACUGCCUUGUAUUUACUUGUGCAAACCCAACAGAAGUGGGUCUGCUGCUCCUUAAGUAUAAUUGAGAUUGCUUUUAUUUGGUGCACAUAGUGCAUCAAUGAUCAGCAACUGGUUUAAACGUUGCUGAUCUUUAUCUGGUUUUACACCAGUUAGAAGCAUCCCCAUAUGGAGUAUAUACCGUUCAAGUGCACCCUCCCUUCCAAUAAACUGCUUGUCUAUAUAAUUAUUAUUUACUCUUGCAUCAGAGCUAUUUUGUGUUCCAAAUGUAAAGUGCAAGGUAGAGAAUGCCCUUGUGGGAGCUGAGAAGUGUGGUUUUCUAAUGGUUGUAUUCCCAUCUUCCUAAAAUGUUGUGAUUAUGUAGUCUACCUUCAAACUAUUUUUGCUUUAAAGAGAGCCUCACACUUUUUUUUUUUUUUGUUUUUUUUGCUUUCCCCAAGUUAUUUUAAAAAAUUUUUUUUGUAAAUUGCGAUUACAAAAAUUGCAAUUUAAAAAAAAAUUAAAAAAAAAAAAAAUCGAGUAAGAGGAGCACGCAGACUCCGAAAAGGUGUAUCAGCAUUUCACAUAUAUUUUCGAAUAGGGUCUGUUGUUAAACAUAGUGUUUCAUUUAAAGCGUAAAUCGUCAGCAUAACCAUGCCGAUCAUAAUACAAUUGAAAUUGCCUCUAGCUGCGUAAGCAUCAGCUGUGAGCUGCAACAUUUUGAGCAGGGGGUUUCCCCCGUUUGGCUAGCUCCUCUUAGGAUUCACAUAUAUCUUAAAUCAGCCACCCCCCGCCCUUAUUUAGGAUCAGUGGGUUCGGUGUCUACAACGUGAUUAAUGACCCAACCCUCUAUAGUGGGUGCUUGAGGCUGAGGAUACCAGAGUAAAAUUUUAUAGCCUUUGGGUCGGAAUGCACCUUUUAUUAUAGCCACGUCUCCCUCCGCUCACAUGCAUGUGAUCCAGGGGUGCCUAUGUCUUUUUCUAAUUCUAUGGUAUGGUGGCAUCCCUAUCAAAGAGGGAUAAGGAUGAAGAAGUUGUAAUAAGUCAAGGUGAAGAGGAGAAUGUGACGCAGGAAAAAGAGAAGGGGAUAAGAAGAUGUAUAGUGGUGUAGAAGUCUCAAGUUGAUGUAGAAAGGGACAUGAAGUGAAGUCACCUCUCUGCGUGCCUCGCAUCACUCACCCCACGGUUCUGUAGUCCGGCACCCGCAUUAUUUGAACUGUUGUCCAUUCACCAUAUUCUCUUGAUUUAUUUUUUUUUUUAAUGUUUGCUUUCCUUAGUGGCUGUUUCCUGCUUACAUACUUCUCACUCCAAACUAGGGCCUGUUAAAAUCAUUACUAAUGCUUCAAAGCAUAUUCAUACUGGCUGCAUAGAUGAUAUCUGCGGCCAUGAGGAAUUGCACUGCACAAAAAAAUAGCAGUUUGACGUUCUGUACGGAAUAUAAAAACCUGCUGGUGAGCCACCAGCCCUAAUCCAAGGACUACUUCAAAUAGAGCAAUACUCUGCCUGCAUAUGUCACAGACAGACUGAUCGCUUUAUAGGGGAAUCCGAUCACAAUUAAGUUCUCUCUCCUCCUAAUAUAUGUCGCUGUGCACGGACACAGGCAGAUACACGUUAAUCAUAGCACCAUUAAUAAUGUAUUUAUCCCCUAACUUCUCUGUGGUUAACUUUUUUUUUUUUUUUUCAAGCAGAGGUCACAUUUUAAUACUGACACAUCACUUAAUCGGAGGAGCUUUGCUGUGGCAAUUACGUUUUUGGCUUGGCUGGUAGCACAGGUCAAUUUUGAGCCCUUCUAUAAUCAAUGUGAAUACUGAUCAGCUGAAUAGGUGACGUCUCAGGGUGCUGUUGAGAGCCCUGUUUUUUUUUUUUUUUUUGCCAAACUGCUCAAACUACUGUAACCUAACUUAUUUUGCAAUUAGGAUUUCAAUUCACCACAAUUAAGAGACUAAGGAGUAAACCCCUUAGUGCGUUUUUAUAUAUCUCUUUUCCAGUACUCCAUUCAAGUGACACUUCACAAGCAUUUUUACCUGUGCCGCCAUCUCCAACCCGAUCAAACUUAAGGGGAUUUGAAGCACAAUCCUUUCAUUUAAUACUUAAAUAGUACAGCUACCCUGCAGUCUCUGUUUAAUUUAAAACUGCUCUUUUACCCAAGACUGCGAAAUGUUAUAUGGUUUACUUUGUGCCAAUGCAUAUUGACAUUUAAUCUGUUCUUCGCGUGAACAGACAUAAAUUGUAUAGAACAUAUGGAGAGAUUCCUCUAAUGAGCCAUUAUCGUUUGAAAAACCUAAAAAAGCUACUGAACCGGGUGAAUCACCCAAUCCCUUGUCUUAACGGAUGCCUUUGGGUCUAUCUGGGAAGUUUAACUCUCAAACAGCAUACCAAACUGAUGGAAGCGCACACAUCUCACUAAUUGGUGUAGCUGCAGUUUGUCAUAAACACCAACACAGCAGAGGUUUUGUAAGAUUCUGUAUUCAAAAUAGAAUGCCUACUUAUGUAUGCAAAUGCUAAAAGUUUGGCAAGUGCAGUGUAGAGGUUACAUGUUCUGGUCGAUAAAUUGUAGCUGUACUUUUAACGCAGCGUGGUCCAAGGUGUAGACUAUAAACGGUGUGUGUAUAUAUUGUACAUUUGUACAUCACCUGCAUUUCUUAAACUGAACUUUGGAAAGUCCUCCCUGGGCACAGAAACUUGAGAAAUCAUGUUUCCACAACAAUCGCAGAGUUCCAGAUUGACGUGUAAAUGAAUGCUGACAGUCGUUGUGUUGCGCGUCAAGCUGGGAACUGGGAUAGUUGUGGCAACAUGGUUUCUGUGGGCACUUUCCAAAGUCUAAUGUUAGAUAUGCAGGUGAUGUGUAACACUAAUCUUCUUAUUUACACAGUAGGGAGUUUUAUGGUGGUUGGCCUCACCACAAUUUUUUGGAACUUGGCUAUACACUCUCAGAGAGACUAUAGACUCCCAGACCAGAAAUGGCACCAUGUUAAUAAUUCUCACAAGUUUGAAACUGUACAGUUCACAGCUGGCAUCUUUUUUUUGGUUUGGUUUUUUGCAGUGCAGUGGCAUUUUAAAAAUAGAAGAAGACUUCAUUAAAAAUGAGUCAUCAGAUUAAGUGUGAUACAUAUGCCGAUAUUUGUGCACCAUAUAAAAAAAAAAUUAUAUUACUCAGCAGUGGUAAGGUUUUAAAAAUCACAAUGCUCAAAACGUAACUGAAAGAAGAAGGCUAGCAUAACCAUAUACUACUCUAUUUUAGACAGUUAUAAAAUGCUUACAAGAAGGACUUUGCUGGUUAUUUCAUGAAAGCUUACUCAUGUGCAAAUAACGGUAAAAGAUUAUGAAACAAGUUAAAAGCAGAAUAGACAAAUAUCUAUAUGACAAUAACCCUGAUAUGGUUAUCGUGCCGUACAGUCUAGCCUCUCCAUUGACUCGAUUGUGGUAAAAGGGAUGAUACUGCGCCAGUGAAUGGUGGAAGUUUUGGUAUUGAUUUGAUUUUUUGGGGGGAAAUAUCUGUGGUUUCAGGGAGAGUGAUCCUGAACAGCUAGUCUCCUGCCGAGUAACAAAGGGUUUGUGGUUUCAACCCUAAUGAGGCUCCCAUUUGAAUCCUUGUUCAAUUUCAGGGGAGUAAGACAAGUCCACUGUCUGAAAGACAGGCCCUGACUCCCCACCAGCUUCAGCCGAGGGAAUGUCUGGAUUAUUGCACUCUGAUGGUUUUGCAAUCUGUGCCGCCACAUGGAGCAGAGUUGGUGAAAGACGUCUAGGACACGGCUAUGUAGUUGCUGAGGACCAUCCUGUGCCUGAGGGGACUCCAGUUCCAUCUUGGUCAUAAUAUUAGUGAAGUACAUAGAUGUAACAAGAUCCCAAAUUGCACACUGAAAGGAACACUCCACUGCCCAAAUUGGCAAAUAUAAAAACAAAAAAAAAUCGCAUGUAUUCAUUGGGGGUAUAUCUUAAAAUAUGAAGUGCUUUUGGGGUGUGGAGUGGUCCAUUAAGUGCUCAGAAAGUCCCAUUUGAGGAACAUAGAUAAGAGUGCCUAGUAAUAUAUUUUCUAAAUAAAUAUCCUUCACUGGCAGUGGUUGGAACAGGAAUCAAGUUUGCAUCUGCAAACACUAGGGAAAUUAGAUUAGGAUAUAGAGGUAUGCUUCACCCACUUACUCGUCCAACUAAGUCUGACUUAAAGGGACACUAUAGGCACCCAGACCACUUCAGCCCAUUGAAGUGGUCUGGGUGCCAACUCCCAUCACCCUUAACCCUGAGCAUGUAAUUGUUGCAGUGUUACGUCUUCCUCUAGUGGCUGUCUUACCAAAGGUAAAAAGAAGGGGAAUAAAGAUUAUUUUUUUCUAUAUGUAUCUUUACCACCCCUUCACACACACAGCACCCCUCAGACACACACACACACAGAACUCAACGCACACUCCGCAUUCGUACACACUGCACCCCUCAAUGCAGUGUGCUUAUUCAGUAGACUGUGUGUGUGUAUUCAGCGCACUGUGUGUGCGUGUAUGCAGCGGACUGUGUUUAUGUAUUGUAUGUAUGUACUGCAUUUGAGAACCUAAUAUAAGUUUAAUUGUAUCUAUAAUUUAUAUAAUUAUUUAUCAUUUGUAUCAUUGUACUUUCUGUUGUUGUGUUCUUCUUUUAAAACAAAAGAUGUUAAUUCGUUCAGACAACUGUACGAGUUUUUUUUUUUUCUAAACUUAAACCUCCAUAUUCGGUUUAAUUGCCGUGUUGGCACUUUGAGGGGAAAAAAGUUGACAUUUAUUGCGGUUUGGGCACUCUGGCUCAAAAAGGUUUGCCAUCACUGCACUAGAGGGACUUCCGGGUUAUUAGACGACUUUUUGCUCAUCUAAACGACCCUGGGGAUCCUCACGCUAUGCAUCAGGACCUCCAGCGUUGCCAGAAGCUCCAUAGGAAAGCAUUGAAUAAUGCUUUCCUAUGAAGAGAUUCUAAUACGAGCGUGACCAUUGCCACGCAUGCGCAUUACGUCUCCCUCACUGGUGGCGGGGGAGGAAUGUGGGCAGAGCUGAGCCAGGGACAUUGGUGCGUGAAUAAAGUACGUGAUAUAAGGGGUUUAUUAACCUUUUCUGCACCACGUGAGGGGGGCCUUGACAGAAGGUGAAGCUACAGCUCCUGGCACUAUAGUUUCCUUUAAACUAGGCCUUUGAGCUGUCCUCUAAGUUGAUGCUUCCUGAGUGUUGCUCUUGAUCCUACAGGGUUGUUGUUUUUUUGGGGGGGUUUUAAAAAAAUAAAUAAAAUAAAAUAAAAAAUAAAAUAAUUAGAACCCAUGCUAAGGGUACCUUCAGAAAUUCAGAGUGAAGUUUGAAACACAGUCGGUCUGUGCUCAUUUGCAUAUCAAGCGGAGAAUUCUGGGAUACUUGUAGAAACAUGCUUUUUUGAGUUUGUGCCAGAGGGGGUCUUUCAAGGAAGAAAAAAAGGGUGGGUGUGUGUGUUUUUGUAUAGGUAGAGACAGAUUUGAGAUAUCUAUAUUCUUAUACAUUUGGCUAGAUUUCUUACUAAAGACAAAUAUAAAGUGUGCUGUGCCUUUAAGAUUGUGCUCACAAACUCUUGUGUAUUGCAGUCAACCCCGGCAAUGUACAAUUUCUCAAUACAGUGCUUAUGCUCACGGUAAAACUGUGAUUCCUUGUGAUAAGAAACAAUAUUUGUACAGAAUUUGUGCAAACACACUUAAAACAUGUGUACAUAUUUUUGCAACAAACCUCAUUAAAGUGCUUCACAUCUUAAAAGUGCAAUAUUUAUACGUUAUACUCUGUUUAAAACCAAUGGGGAUGUGGAAAAAAAUCAAUGUGCCAAAAAAUUUAGUAUAAAACUCACACUUUUAACAGAGAGUUGAUUUUUCCACAUGUAGAAAAACAUAAAAGGCAGAUAGUGUAAUAUUGCAAACACAAUAGUAUGUAGAGAGAGAUGUUAUAGCACUCACAAACGUUGAGCAGGUAAAGAGACUGCUCAGGCUAUUUGCGUUUGUUCACUGUUAUAAAGUGUGCCCAGGAUAUAUUGCCUUGAUAAAACUUAAAAUGGGGUGUAGGGAGGGAGGGGAGGGUAGCAGCCCAUAUAUUCAGCGUGCUAUUAAACACUUAUUGUCUUGUCAUAUAACAGAGCAAGGGCCGAGACCCGAGCUGGGUCAUUUUGUCUAGUGGUGGUUCAGUGUUAGAAUGUGCCAUCUAUAUGUGAUGCAGUGCUCAUUAAGUUGUUACAUGUUAUGGUAUUUCUUGAAGUGUGCUGACACACUGUGCUGCUCAAAUCCCUUCCUUAUAUUAUUGACAUGCUCUGCUAUUCUUUUGUGUAGUGGGCGCAUAUUUUGUGUAGUCCUCCCCACAUACUGGAGCCAUCACGGACAGACAGAUUAAUAAAUUAAUUGGGUUUCUAAUGAAACAUGUAAUUCAAUCAGUUACAUGGUAUUCCUCAUCCUUGUAUUUAGUUCUGAAUUUCUUCAUCCCAUUUAAUGUAACUGCAUUUGCAGCCACUGCACUUAUUGCAUGAGUAGAAACCCUUCCUUUCUGUUAAAAAAAAAAAUACCAUUAUGGUUUUCUCUGGAAUCUUCUUUAGGAUGAAUAUGGGUUAAAAUACUUUUAAAAUUGGGUGCCCCCCUAAAAGUAAUAAAAGGGCUAUCUGGUAAUAUAGUAUUUAAUUCUGUCUUUUUUUAAGUGGAUGCCUAUGUUAAAAAAUAUACUUAAUUUCUUUAGAAUUUUCAUUAAAGUCAAAAACGAAUGGUGCUGCCGUACCAUCAUUUGUCAGUGUUUUUUCAUUAUGCCUAAAUCAUCUUGACGGUACUUCUUCCUUGGCUCUGAGUACCAACUCAUUAGGGUACUCUUUAUGUUUAAAUUUCUCCUCAAUAAUUCCAACUUGUUCCUCAUAGAGUACUGGUACAGUUCCGUCUGAUUCUUUAAAAACUGCACUUUGGGAAUAGUGCUCAACCAUAGGGUGUAAUGCCCACUGUUAUAUAGGACAGAAUUGUUGGCAUCAACUUUAAAAAAAAUAAAAUAAAAAUUUAAUCAUUUCAUUGUUCUCUAUAUACACCUCCAGAUCUAAAAAACUGAUAUCCGUAUUACUGAACUGGCUGGUUAAUGUUAUACUCAAGUCAUUCUGAUUUACUUUACUGAAAAACAUCUCCAAGGAGAAUACGGGGCCAUCCCAUAUAAAAAUCAGAUCUAUAUACCAACGGCAGGUUCAUCUCCCAUUUCAUGCUAUCAUAUAGAUUUAUUACUAUCUCUAACCUGUCCUCUCUAACCGGAUUUGGUCCCUAUUCACUGCAUAGACAAAGGCAAUAAGUGUACUGAAAAAUGGGUGGCUCCGGGGAAAAGAUCCCCAGGUGUUUAAUCCGUUUUUUAAGUCAUUUAAUAUUGUUGGAUAAGCUUUCAAAAUGAUUUAUUAUGAAAAUAUUUAAAAUUUGUAGUUUAUCCAAAAAUAUUAAACAAUUUUGAAAAGCUUAUCCAACAAUAUUAAAAUGUGACCGUUAUAUAAACCUUUUUUUAUUUUGUCUUAACCCAGCUGUAACUACACGUUUUUUUUUUUUUUUCUCUAGUAUAGUUCUGUUGUAGACAGAACAAAAGGCAAAUAAAGUCUUUGCAGUGAAUGUCUUGACAGCGCCCCUCAGAACAGCGUAAGAUGGCAAGCAACAGAACAUGUCUGUUAACACGGGAUUUGUUUCCACACAGUGAGCAAGAUCUCACAGGGAUAAUACUGUCAUGACUUCAUGUAGGGAGAUAAGAUAUUGGAAUCUCUACCAGCAGACAUUUAAAACACAUUGCAACCUCUACUUUAUAUAUAGGUAUCCUAGAGCGGAAACAAAUGUGUGUGCAUAUAAUAUAAAUUGUAAUUUUAACCGGCAGAUCAUUGUUGCAAAUAUUGUGUAGCACAGUGACCUGACAAAUUACAUAUCCAUAGAAGAAAGUUAGUGGGGUUUUAGUUCUUUUAAGUACUCCUAUGAAAUUUCGUCACAUGUAACACACAAUAUAAAUCUACUAAAAUACACGCUUGUAAGAUGUGUUUGUGUAGAUAAUAAAUGUGUGUUGGAAAAAAAAAUGCAUUUACAUUGAUAUAAACUGUAAAAAAAAAAAAUGUAGAAGGUGGCCUGGGUUAACACUGUAAGUGCUGUCCUAAAGGUGGGUCAUAACUAGAGGACAGAGGAGAGGAGUUUAACCUUGUAAGUGCCGAACUUGUUGAAGGCAUGGGUUUAACCCAGUGAUGAUUAUCCAGAGGUCACUGGAAUGAACCUGGCAAGCCAGCUUGCUGUCCUCUCUAACCGGCUUUGGUCCCUAUUCACUGCAGAGAUGAAGGCAAUAAGUGUACUGAAAAAUGGGUGGCUCCAGGGAAAAGAUCCCCAGGUGUUUAAUCCGUUUUCCAAGUCAUUUAAUAUUGUUGGAUAAGCUUUCAAAAUGAUUUAUUGUGAAAAUAUUUAAAAUUUGUAGUUUAUCCAAAAAUAUUAAACAAUUUUGAAAAGCUUAUCCAACAAUAUUAAAACAAGUGUACUGAAAAAUAGGUGGCUGCAGGGAAAAGACCCCCAAGUGUUUAAUCCGUAUUAUGCAGCGUUAAGAAAUGUAAUAAUUCUGUGCGAUGAAACUAUCAGUUGCAAGACUGCAUAUUUUGUCAAUAUUCUGCGAUAUACAUAUCUUAUACAUUUAAUUUUGAUUAUUCGGCAUAAGAGAGAGGGAGUGAGUGUGUCUUGACCCUACAAGUUGAAUUUACUUAAGUGUGAACUUAAAACUCUAAAACCUCAAUAUAAAAAGUACAAAAUGAAGACCCAUACGCUUUUAGAAAAUUGUGUCUCCAAAUUCUUGAGAUCUCAAGAAAACAUUUGGCACUUAGUCUUGAGGCAUAAGAUGCCCCCCGAGCCUUUUGAGUUAUAUAAUUUUCCCAUAAUACCCAGUUUACCAUUUGUACAUCAGGUAGGGUGUGUAUCUCAUGUAUUCUGAAUUAAAAUGAAUUUUAAUAUUCUAAAGUUAAAAACCAAAUAAAAAAACCAAACACCAGGAAUUGUUUUAAUAUUUGUUAUAUUUACUACUAAGUACAGUUUAUAAAGCAAAAAAAAAUGUGGAACGGGAGGCGGUGCCACAGGUGAAGAAAAACUGAUUAUAAAAUAUACAAGACACUACAUAAGAGAAAAUACAUACAAAAUAAAAAAAAGAGUUUGAAAUAUAGAUAAUGAAUAAUAAUCAGGAGUCCAAAAGAGUCUAUGCCUGAUUAAAUAGAGCAAAAAGUCCAAAUAAAACCCUGUAUACGAAGUCAAUCACAAUCUUGUCAGGGAAGUAUUCCUCCGUACGGUAUGGGCAUAGGAUAUUCGUGAGAUCCAUAUGAAAAAAAUAAAGACAGCAAAUAAUGGUGCAGUAUAUCCCAACAGGUACUAAGUACUAUUUUGUAAGAGGUCUAUAUGGUCCUACUCACGUUUUCCAGAGCUAUAAGACUAGCUCUAGUGUGGAUGGCAUACAGUGGUACAAUCCCCACUUAUGGGAUACGUGAAGUUUUGUAGUAGGUGGACAUCUUGUUGGUAUAAGGACCAUAUGAAAUAUAAAAACAAUAAUAGUGCUUAUUGUAUAAAAACCAGAGGUGAAAUAAUAAAAUACCAAGUGGUUACUCACAUUUUAUUGAGCAGGCAGACUGCUCAAUGAAUAAAGUUUGAGUGGUAUAAUACCCACCAAGGAUUCUAUGGAGUCAAAUUCUCACUGGAACAGUAUAAACUUUGGUGCAAGGUAAAAAUAAAUAAGAGUAAAAUGGUUGACUCACAAGUUGAAAGUGGACAAAAUACCACAAUGCGUUUCUCCCCUUAGGGCUUUCUCAAGUGGAUAAAAACAUGUGCCUGACAACACUGGCUUUAUAUAGGCCUCAGAUUACUUGAUUUUUGGCACCACUUCUUUUUUUUUUUUUUUUCUAACUUUAUUAUAGAACGUGUUUCAGCCAUUUUAGGGAGGGCAAUGAAAGAAAUUGGAAGGAGGGAAUGAAUUAAUAAAACAUGUGACAAGUAGCCAGUGCAAAUAUGGUUAUUCCGACCAGGGUUUUUUUUUUUUUUUAAAAGCAUACAUUUUAAAAUACCGUAUGAUGGUAGAAAAUUAUGAAAAGGUCACAGUAAAUUGCAAAUGUCACAGAAAAAUAUAUAUGAAGAUUUAGAAGAUCAUAUGUAAAUAUAGGGUAAGAAUAAAAUAACAUACUUGUAUACUUGUAUCACAUUAUAAACAAAACAGAAUAUGCAAAUUUAUAAAAAGGUUAAAAAGAUCAAAAUCAACAUUUAAACCUUCAGGGGCAAGUGUUUUAAUCAGGAACACCCAAUACAUUUCUUUCUAACCCCAAAUUUUUAUUUAAAAAUUUUUUUUUUUAAAUCACCUCCCCUCCACGAUAUUUUACAUUUUUGAAUUCCAAUACAUUUUAGAUGUUUAGGGUUUUUAUCAUGUUUGAGACUGAGUGGUUAGGGUAACCUUUGAUGUUCUGACCGUGCUCUGCCCGUCUAAUUUUUAGGCAUCUAGUGGUCAUUCCUACAUACAAAUACAUUGUUUAUGUUACAACGUAUUAGGUCUUUUAUGGGAUAUGAUGUGUUUAGUAUUAUUAGCAGUAAAGUGAGUGUUUUUUGACUUGCUUUGUGGGUCCAUUGUUCUGCAAACUAUGCAUCUGUUAUAUUUAAAAAAAAAAAAAAAACUAAAAAAAAAUUUUUAGAUUUGGUUAAAAACGAUGACUUAGUGGUAGUGGGAUCUUUUGUAUAGUUUUUGGUAAGAAUCGUUCUAAAAUUAGGAGUUCCUCUAAAAAUCACGCUGGGUUUGUCUGGGAUGAGCGUUCAAUAUUGCAUCCUUUUUUAAGAUGUGGCAGUGUUUCUUGAUUUAUUUAUUUUUUUCAAUAUCUGGCUUAAAAAUCUGGUUAAAAAUGACAGGCAAAGAGGGUGGAUCCUUUUUUAUCCAUUGUUUUAUAUUCUAAAAGAUUCUUCCUGUUUUUUUUGUUUUACAGUAUUUAGUAUUUUAUUCAGGUUUUCUGGUGAAUAAUUUUUGCUGGUGAAUUGUUCUUGGAGGGUUUUAGACUGUUCUUGAAAAUCUUUUAUUGCGUGAGCAGUUCCUGCGAAGGAAGGGAGAGGUGUGCUGCCUUAUAUUUAUCUCUGAAAGGUCUAGUAUAUUAGCUCUGAUACUUUGUACAUAUAAGUACAGUUUAUCCCUGUGCUUGUGUGUUAUUUUUAUAGAGCUCAUUGUAUUUCUUUUGUUUUUAAUUUAUUCAUCUGAAAACGAUUAUUAUUAUCCCUUGAAGAUAAGGAAUGUUCAUAUUCUGAUUCCUUGCACAGAUCUUAGUUUGGGCUUGGUUUCAUUAAGAGGUUUUUAUAGGCAUUUUUUGCAUGUUAAAGUCUUCAAAGCUGAAGUAACACAUACACCGUAUAAUAAAGCAUUAUAUGUGGGUAUAUUUACAGAAUAAACUCGUAUAUAAGUCGGGAAAGUUUAGUCCUAAACUUCAUUUAAAAUGCUGAGUCGACAUAACUACUGGGCAAUGCUAGUUUUGUACUUUGAAUGCGGGGCAAUGUCGACUCACGAACGUCAUUCUCCUAGCUGGUCGGGAAGUCGAACGGGUAGGAGUAAAAGUUUCAGCGGGGUUCGCGGGCUUGUGUUGCCGACUCAGAGAUCCAUGGAAUCAACGACCAUGUACCGCUGCUUGUGUUCGGGAGACAAGUUUGUUUGAGCACGUGCGUUCGUAUAUACGAUUGGUGGCCACCCAAUGCAAUGUUUGUGGUUAACAGCCAAAAGUGGUAGGUGAUUACGAGGUGUUAACAAGGGGGACCACAAAGUCUGUUCGGUAACCGAACAGAAGAGGAACCAUUCCAUUGGAAUGCAGAGGGAUAUCAGACGAAAUAAGGCACAAAUAAGGGAACACGUACCAUAUUUCACAAUUGUUGGUCAAAAAACUUAAUUCGACUUAUAGACGAGUAUAUACGGCAUUUAAUCUUUCCACGCAGUUUACCGGUUUUAUUUGGCAUGCUAUGCUCUUUUUAACCCCUUAAGGACACAUGACGUGUGACAUGUCAUGAUUCCCUUUUAUUCCUGAAGUUUGGUCCUUAAGGGGUUAAAUGUUCACCUAUAUAUCCUGCUCCAUAUUUCUUCCCCUGCACAAUUUUGUUGUUGUUUAUAUAGUGCAAAUGUAUUGCUCAGUUCUCGAAUGGCAAAUAAGAGUCAAGCUAUAACAAGUGUUAAAGUGAUUCUGCCAUGGUGAUAUUGCUUUUGAAUAUUUAAUAAAGAUAGAAAUUGCAGAGCGGCCAGAAGAUGAAAUAGGUCAAGUUGGGACUUUUUUGUGUUGUGGUCAAGUUCCAACUUGACAGAAGGCAGAAUUUUAACUGUCCAGUUUUGUCAGUUCCCACAGACAUUGGUAGCCCUGGCAUUGGGUAUGGUACAUCUUCUCACAGAUUGUGAGAGCUGGUCUGGAGAGAUUCCCAUAGACUCCAGAGGCUUCAGUAUUGUAUUCUCCACAUGUGAGUACUGGUGGAUGAAGUUCGCUUGAGGGGGACCAGUUCAUGUGCACCUUUUGGCUGCUACCACACGCCACAUGGAAAUGUCGCCUUCCAAGAAAUGCAACCCCCCUGUCCUCUGAGUUGUAUUUGGAUUCUGCAAUGAGAGCUAAACAAAGGGAUAAGUCGGAAUAAUAGAGGGGUAAAAUAGGGUGGUCUGGAGGAGGUACUGAGAGACCGCAAAAGCCAUAUACCUGCGGUAGGUAACCUUUGGCACUCCAGAUGUAUCGAACUAUAUAUCUCCUUAUGCUUUGCCAACUUUAUGCACUCCAGAUGUUUUGGACUACACCUUCCAUGAUGCUUUGCCAGCAUUUUGUGUGUAAGAGCAUUAUGGGGGAUGUAGUCCACAACAUCUGGAGUGCUGAAGGUUGCCUAUCCUAGCUAAAUUAGUUGAAUUCAUUAUGACCCUCCUCUUAAUAGGUUAAAGAAUUGCUAUGAAUAUUUAGAUUUUUUUUCAGUACUUAAUGGCAAGUCUUCCUUUCCCUUUCGCUUUCCCUGGAGGGCCAAAGGUUCCCCACCCCUGCCUUAGUGGAAACUCCUUUAUGGUGCCAGGUGCUGCCCAGUCACUCUGUUACCUUAAAGGACCACUAAAGUGCCAGGAAAACAUACUCGUUUUCCUGGCACUAUAGUGCCCUGAGGGUGCCCCCACCCUCAGGGUCCCCCUCCCCUCCGGCUCUGGAAGGGGGAAAGGGGUAAAAAUUUACCUUUUUCCAGCGCUGGGCGGUGAGCUCUCCUCCUUCUCUCCUCCUCCGUUCCUCCUCCUGGGCUGAAUGCGCACGCGCGGAAAGAGCUGCGCGCGCAUUCAGCCCGUCGCAUAGGAAAGCAUUUACAAUGCUUUCCUAUGGACGCUUGCGUGCUCUCACUGUGAAAAUCACAGUGAGAAGCACGCAAGCGCCUCUAGCGGCUGUCAAUGAGACAGCCACUAGAGGAUUAGGGGGAAGGCUUAACCCAUUAAUAAACAUAGCAGUUUAUCAGAAACUGCUAUGUUUAUAAAAAAAAUGGGUUAACCCUAGAAGGACCUGGCACCCAGACCACUUCAUUAAGCUGAAGUUGUCUGGGUGCCUAGAGUGGUCCUUUAAGGGUGUACAGUCCGACCCAAAAUUUUGGUUGCUUCCUGCAUUGAUCUCCAGUUCCCCACGUGGAAACUGACUUCUGAAUCUGCAUUACUGGAAGCGCAGGGUGUCGCCGGGCAGUGGUGCUGCAGAUUGGCUAGAGCGGUCAUGCUCUAAGCAAUUCAGUAGCUCCCCAUUCAUGCCCCUGCCCCGUGGCCCUCCACGCUUCUUAGAACUCAGAUUCAGAAGCCGGCUUCCCCCUGGGGGACCUGGAGAUAGGUGCUGGAGGCAACCAUCGUUGUUAAACCGUUUAGGAACAGUUUAACACCCUAAAGGUAAGAGUGUGUUCGGUGGGCUCCUGGCAUUAUAAAAACUUUAUCUAAAUUAAGUUGUUAUGGUGACCAGAAUGUCACUUUAGGUUAGUCACCAUUUCACAUCUGGGAGUAUGUGGUACACUCAUCCUAAUUUUUAAACCCAGGACCAUUCAUUAAGAGAUUACUUGAUAGAUGAGAUGUGUCGUCUUAAUGACAUUAUAUGGGUACAUAGGUGCUAAGCCGCCUAACUUUGUUUUUAUAUUGGUUGCUGCAAGAAGAAUCAGUGUAACUAAAUGUGUGAUGCAAUUCAGACAUAUCAAACAAGGGUCACUUACUAAACAGGAAAUUGUGACGUAACCAGGGAAUUUCAAAGUUCAAGCCAUAACUGCUGUAGAAUUUCUCCAAUUUGACCAUUUUGGCCUUAAGUUUGAAAUUCACUGGUAAAUUCCUGUCAAUUUACAGUUUACUGAGUAACCUUGGAUCCGUUAUCUUCAAGUGUGGGAGGUGAAGGUUUCCGCUAAAUUUAUUACAGCUCGUUAGAUGAAAAAUAUUGAGCCGUUUUUUUUUUGUUUGUUUUUUACUGUCUUAUGUAAAGAACAUUUUGUAUAACAGAACUGCAGUAAGAAUUCCAAAUCAGGAAGUUUGUCUGAUACUGAGCGUUUUCAAACCUUAACCCACCCAAGUAUGGACAGAAUAAAAAUUGAUCAUGUGAAAGUAUAAAAUCCUGAUUAAUAUGGUUGAGAAAGUGGCACUGAGGACCUCCAGCGUCAAAAGAUUCCCAAUAGGAAAGCAUUGAGUAAUGUUUUCCUAUGGGCGGGUUUGAAUGCGCGUGCCUCUGGCUGCGCAUGUGCAUUUGGCUCCACUCGGGAGCUGACAUCGAUGGAGGAGGAGAGGUCACCAGUGCCGAGGAAGCCCGGCGCUGGAUUAAGGCAAGCAAAUAAAUGGUUAACCAUUUAUUCACCGCGGAACGGGGCCCUAAUCACCGUUUAGGUGACUGGGGUUCUAUAGCAUUAGAAAUACAUGUUUGUGAUCCUUACGCUAUAGUGUUCCUUUAACAACCAAUCCACAUAGAAAC